AUGCAGGUGGAAAAAUAUGAGAUUAUUACCAUUACCCUGCCUGACUUCCUGUACGUCCUGCUGCAUCUAAGGAAGGUGUCAUGCGGUAACCCUUCCGGGUUCGGCACUUCCGCGAUGCGGAGCUGACCCCGCCCCCCUCUGACGUGGCUCUGGCUGUACUUAAGCAGUCCUACUUCCACCAUACUCGCCGGCUCCUGAGGCUCUGACAAUGUGGGACCGACUUCCUGGUAUACACACCGGCUCCAAAGACUCUGACAAGCCGUCCUAGCCUUUGAGCUAAUGCAUGGAUGAUACUGCAUGCCAACGAGGAUUACUGGAGAACUGAUACUUGUUAAUUAUCAAGUGGACUAUAACUUUGAACUCUCGGAGGACAACUCACCUUAACCUUAAGUAUACCUUUCAGCUAUUCUCUGCUAUCUCAUUUAUUGAUGAACUAUUUACUGCUUGCUUAAAACUUCUCUGCUUCAAGCUACUAAUUAUAUGGAGGACAACUACCAUCAAGCUUAAUCACUAGGAACUGUUUCUUGCUUUGCAAAUACUUUGCUACCUGCUAAAAAUCAUUAUUGAAGAUUAUUCCUAGCAACCUAAUGAAUCUUAUUUAAUAUAUCUCUGAGGAAAUACUUAUUGAUGAACUUUGUAUUGUUUAAUGACUUUCACUUAUUCUUAUUGGAUUCUUAUCGAGGUCCUCUCCUGCCUCCCUCCCUGUUUGUGGGCCAGUGAGGGAGAUCUUUGAUUUUUGGGAUUAGGGUGUACCCAAGCACACCUCGCACACAUCGUGCGCACGCCUAUGAAUGUCAAUGUAUUAUUAGGCUUAACAUUUGUAUCAAUGAAGAAGAAUUGUAUUUCUUAAGUUCUAGGGGAAUUAUGGUAUUAGGUAUAGAUUGCAAAAGCUUACACUGAGAGUACAUUUAAUAUUGUAUUUUAUCAAUUGCUGCUGCAUUACUGUCAGAGGCCAAUUGUGUUUCAGUGUCCUUAUAUGUACAUUGUACAGUCAUAAUAAAGUUGAAUCUGAAUGCAUGUGCAAACCUCAUUUACAUGUUGCUUAAAAAAAACGUAUAUUCAUUGUUCAAAAUGGAUGCACAGACAAAACUCGUAUAUUCUCUUUAUGUGAACAGCAUAAACAUAAUUGUGUACUUUAUGCAGCAAUAUAAAUGAUCAGAAUUGCAAAUCAUUUUCACAAUCUCUGUGCGGCAUGUGCACUGAAAUAAACUAUGCCUGCUAAAUAAAAAUAAGGGAUUUACAGAUAGCUCUAAAAAUAAUAUGGUAAUAACACAUUAAUUGCCAGUUAGGCAUACAAUACAUUAUUUAUCAUUUCAAGAUUUCAUAUUGUUAAGAAAUACAGGCUGUCCACUAGAGGGAGCAAUAUACAUAAGAUUCUCAAGAGGAGAGAGUCCUUUAGAUAUCCCACUCACACAGAAUUAUUUACUGAUUCAAGGUGAAUUCAGAAUGAAUUUCAAAUCUAAGUUAAGAGAAGUUGAAAGGAAAGCAUAGUUAGAUACAUUUUCUCCAAUCCAGGUAUUUUGAUGUUUUGAAUUUUGAAACUCACCCUGAUUUCUCAGGUAGACGAGACACGAUAUGGACAUCAGUUUUGAAUGGCUUCUGUCAUUGAUCUAUUUUCCAAUAACUUUUUAUGUAUGCAUUAUGAUGUGAAGUUUAUUUAUGAUUAUGAAGUGUAUAAAGGUAAUAUGUGUUUUAUUUUUUAUGAAAGCUCUACUCUGUCACGGGUUGUCAUGGGCCCGGUGGUCCUAUGGACGCUGGCGUCUUCUCACUGUGAAAAUCACAAUGAGAAGCACACAAGCGCCUCUAGCGGCUGCGUGCUUCUUACCUUUACUCCAGUAUACUGGUGCUGGCUCCACCCCCUGAUCUGCCUCCUUAGCUGACAUCACCAGAAGUGAUGACUUUAGCCAAUCACAAUUGUUUCCUAUAGGAAUGCAUUGGAUUGGCUUAGAUUGUCAAUUCUGGUGAUCUCAGCCAAGGAGGCAGGCCAAUUCCUGGCACUAUAGUGGUCCUUUAAUCAAACAAACAAACAAAUAAAUGAAUGACUGAACUGCAUGAAGGAAGUUUUGUCCAACAAGCAGUUCAGUUUUAAUUUUUUUUCCCCUCAUGUGUGUUUUGUGUUCGACCAUUCAUCAUUAUGAAGAUAAGCCAAAUUGCUUGAAUGGAUGCCCAAGUCUGCUGGCUAAUACCAGUAAUCGGUAUUGCAGCGACCUGCAGAAAUCAGGAAUUCUUAAACCCCAGCUUGCAACUACAUGUGACAGCUAAUAGGUAACCACCAGUCAGACACUGACUAACCACAGACAGGUCAGCCAAUCAGUAAGCAGCAAAACCAGUGAAUGUUCACAUAUCUUAGUGGAACUAUCAGUUUGCAUGUGUUGUUAUUUUGUGGAAUGCUUGAAAUUACAGCUCAAAGUCUGAGGACAUUACUGUUAAAUAUUGAUAGGAAAUUGCUUGCACUGCUGAAUUUCACACUAGCAAAUACAAAUACUCACCACUGAGCCAUAGUAAUAACAACCAUAGGACAGGCGGUAAGUUUAUUGUUUCAGACUUUUGUGAUACAGACAAUGUUAUCAAGAAUUGUUAUUGCAAGACUUACAAUUUAAUAACCUUUAAAUGUGUUAUGCAAAUUUAUUUUGUGCGAUGCAACAGUUACCAAAAAUAACCUUUUUUUUUUUUUUUUUUUACAUUAUGUAAUAUUUAAAAAGUCUAAACAGGCUCAUUUUCAGUGUCCUAUAUGGUUUAAAGGAACUGUCAUUACAUUUUUCAAUAUCUUCAUAUAAUAUUUAUAUUGUAUAAUUUCAUUAUAUAAAUUUUUCAUUCGAGUAUAAUGAAUUCUCCGAAGAAACCACUCAUCUCCCUUUCCCACUCCUUUCUGACAGCCAUCGUUAUGUUCCUUUGGUGGGAUUAUCAGUUAUCCCAGCCUCUUCUCACUAUUUUGCAAUUUAGCUUUUCAAAAUCACCUGACAAAAAGUGCUAUAUUCUAAAAUAUCAUAAGAUUUUUUUAUUUUUUUUUAAAACAUUAAACAAUUGCAAAAUAAUGAGCAUUAGGUUAGAUAUCUGUCAAUCCUAACGGAAGGUGCAUACAGGUGGCAUCAGAAAAGGGGAAUGAAGGAGGUAGACAAGGGAUUUUAUCAAAUAUUUCUGCACAAAAUAAAUUUUAAAAAUAACAACAAUAAAAGAAAGUAGUGUGUGUAUAUAUGUGUGUGUGUAUAUAGGAAUGUGUCUGUAAGUGUACAUGUUGAAUAUGUGUAUCUAUAUGAAUGUGUGAGUAUAUAGGAGGAAUGUCUGUCUGUGUAAAUGAAUGUUCAUGUAUGUAAUCUAUUGCAUGCCUUAUCUAUUGCAUGUGCCGUCAGGGAGCGAAAGGCAAGCUGGCUACUAGGAUCACUCUAUUAAUCAGUGUUUAAGUUCUCUGACAGACCACUAGACUUCUCUAGUUUCUUCUUCAACAUUGUAACAUCUGAUGAAAUUAAGUGACUUUUCGAAACUCUCUCCUCCAAGCAUGGCAAAGGAAGCACCACCACGUACCUGUUUACCUACUUGUUCAAUAUUCAUUGGUUGCUGCCUGGAUAUCCCCAUGUAUGUAAUCCAGGCCCGGACUGGCCAUUGGGCAAACCGGGCAAAUGCCUGGUGGGCUGUGAUGGCCAUUGGCCGAGGCCAGCAGGAGAGAUCCAGGGAUCUCCCCUGCUGGCCCAUGCAGGGCACCACCGGCCAUAAGAGGAAGUUCUCAUGGACCAUGCACGCAGGGCAAGUAGUCUGUCUUUUUAUGAGCGCCGAUAUUAUCAGAGCGUUGCCAUGGUAACCCGCGGCAAAGCUCUGAAAAAGCAGUGCUCGCAAGAGGUAGAGACGUGGUCUGUACCAUGCGGGGUACAGACUAAAUAACAUGCCGACUGCACCACCAGGGAAUACCUUGCGGCAUGCCCCCUCCCACUGGACCACCAGGGAUCUGCGUGCUCCCUCUCCCCCUGCAAGGUAAUAAGGGAAAGGGGGAGAAAAUGUGUUGUUUUUUUUUGGUUGUUUUUUAUUUUAUUUUUUUUAUUAUUCAAUUACUGUAUACUAACUAUAUCCACACACCCUCUCAAACUUGCACACUAUACACACUAUAAACCCAUAAACACACACCACAGCCCCUGCACUAACACAAAAACACACUAUAAACCCAUAAACACACACCACAGCCCCUGCACUAACACAAAAACACACUAUAAACCCAUAUACACACACAUCACAGUCCCUGCACUAACACACAAACACACUACUCACACUCUAAACCCCUAUACACACACUACAGCCCCUGCAUUAACACAAAAACAUACUAUACACACUCUAAACCCAUAUAUACACACUACAGACAAUGCACUAACACACUACACACUCUAUAUCCCUAUAUGCACACUACACCACCCACACUCACACAAACAAACACACUACACACACUGCACUCCCAACACUCACAUAUACACACACACACUAAACACUAGCCACAAACACCCACAAACACAAAUAGUCUGACCAGUGGCGUACACAUGACCCAUGGGGCCCCGUGCGAAAAUUGAUCCGUGGGCCCCAAGAUGGCCGGGCCGCAACACACGACGGUGGGCACCUGGUCCCAGGGGUUACAGGGCUGCGACCCCUGCGACUGCGGUAUGUACGCCAGUGCAUGCAGAUGCACACACACUUAAAGGACCACUACAGACACCCAGAUCUCAUCAGCUCAAUGAAGUUGUCUGGGUGUCAGGUCCCUCUAGUUUUAACCCUGCAGCUGAAAUCUAUGUUUCACUGAGGGUUAAUCCAGCCUCUAGUGGCUGUCUCACUGACAGCCGCUAGAGGAGCACACUGAAUGUCCAUAGGAAAGCAUUGAGUAAUGCUUUCCUAUGGGCGGUUUGAAUGCGUGCGCAGUCGCAUUCGGAGCUGAGAGGCUGAGGGAUCCCCAGCGCCAAGGGAGUCCGGCGCUGGAGAAAGGUUAGUGCUGAAGACACACACACUCUCACUUACAGACGCAUACACACUAGCUAACAGACACACACAUUUACUGACAGAUACACACUCAGCGACAGACAUACAUACACACUCACUUACAAAACAUACACUCUCAUUGACAAACACAAACUCACAAACAGACAUCAAACAGACUCACUAACACACACACACACACACACACUCAGUAAUACACACACAGUAACACACUCACUGACACUCACUAGCAGACACACACACUCACACUCACACUAACACUCACUCUAACACUCACACUAACACUCACUCUCACUCUAACACUCACACACACUCUAACACUCACACUAACACUCACUCACUCUAACACUCACACACACUCUAACACUCACACACACUCUAACACUCACACUAACACUCACACUCACUCUAACACUCACUCUAACACUCACUCUCACUCUAACACUCACUCUCACUCUAACACAUUAACAAUCACAUUAACACUUUUUUAUUUUAUUUAUUUAAUCCCCCCAGCCUCCUUACUUUUUGGAGUGCUGGGGGGAUUCCCUGGGGUCCAGUGGUGCUGCUGGGCUCCUGAGCGGGUGGCCGGUCAGGCAGGCAGGCGCGCGUGCGAGGGAGCACUCAGCUCAGUGCUUCCUCUUCAGCUCCCUCGCACGCCGCGUAGGGAUGCCGGAGCCGGAAGAUGAUGUCAUCUUCCGGCUCCGGUAUCAGUGCGGUGCGCGAGGGAGCUGAAGAGGAAGCACUGAGUGCUCCCUCGCGCGCCUGCCUGCCUGCCCGACCGGCCACCCGCCUGUUGGGCCGGGCCCGGUCGCAGCCGCGACCCCUGCAACUCUGGUAUGUACGCCACUGAGUCUGACCUAUACACAUGUAAUCUCAAAAGCAGCCUUCAAACACAUACAACACCACAGGGAGCAUCUCCACACAUGCACAACACACUUUGACAGCCCUGUUUCACAUUUCUUCUUUGGUAUCCCACUAUUGAGCACACCAGAGACAAGUCAACAGCAAAGGCAGUGUAUGAUUACAUUGCACAACACCCCCAAUAAACAGGACAUUUACUUCCCCUAAGAGCACUGGAUGCUCUGGAGGGGCAUCAUAGGCGUGCGCACAGGGUGUGCUGGGUGUGCCUGGGCACACCCUAAUACCCGCAGCCCACGCAUGGAUCGAGGCCGGCAGGGGAGAUCACAGGAUCUCACCUGUCGGUUCAUGCAGAGCCGGCGCUAUCCAAGCGCUAGCCCUGCAGUGUGCCUCCAUGGGCCGGUGGGGAGAUCAAAGAUCUCCCCACCGGCCCACAGGCAGGGAGGGAGGCAGGAGAGGACCCGGGCAGCUCUAGCCAGCAGCUUCCUCUCGCGGAGCAGGCUAGAGUUCACUCACACUAGGACCACCAGGGAUGGCAGCAAGGAUCCCCCCUCCCAGACAAAAGGUAAGAAGGGAGGGGGGCUAUUUCCUAAUCUAUCCCCUCCCACCCCCACACUCAAUCACUCCAAACAAAUUCACACACACACACAGCACCCUCACACACACACACUGCACACUAACAGCACCCUCACACACACACCCACACACAGCACCCUCACAGCACACUAUCACACACACAUACACACAGCACACUAUCACACACACACACACGGCACCCUCAGACACACACACAGUGUUCUAGGGUGGAUUGGGUAGUUUCUGUGAUGUUGACUCUGGUACUAUCAAAGGAGUCAGAAAUAUCAUCAUCAUCAUUCCCAUAUCCUCUGCCAUGUCUACUGGCAGCCAGUACCUAGCACUAACAAUAGUUCUACUGCUGGUAGUGAUAGGUGCUGGCUGUGUUACAGCUGUUCUUGUGCUAAUGUGGCAAGCCUCACUUUCUUUCAUCAACAACACUGCUUCUUGGUGUUUGCAGAGAUAUUGAUUCAUUCUGGAGCUGGUGAGUUGACUCAACACUCUCCCCCAGCUAUCUUCCAUCCUACAGAAUCUACUGCUCAACACCAAUGCUUUUGCAGUGAUCCAACACGUUUGUAUAGCUUGACUCAGUAGUAGCCUCCUCUGGCAUAACAGGUGAUAGUGGUGAAGCUGGUAGUAAAACCUAUCCUAAGUACUGAUUAUCAUUCUAGUGGAGGUAGUAGGAUGGGUAAUGGAGGGCAAAAUUCUAAAGUUUCAUCAGGCUGCUCUCAAACAAAUAGAAAGGUUUCAAAAGACAGAUUAAGGAACAGUGUGCACACACACAAAACAACAAUACAGUUUUGCAUUUUACAAGGCUUCUUAAAAUCACCUAUCUCAGCAAACAAAUAGGGUAAUUGAGUUCCACCAUAUGGCCAUAUUUUGUUAAGCCCACCACUACGUCACAAUACCCCAACAUUGGUGGGUUCUACACUAAAUUUAACAUGGGAGAUUUACAUGCUAAAUUUCAAUACCUACUGUUUAAAUGUUUUACAGAGAGUCUCCUGAAUUUAUGCUUUCCUGUGGUCACCUCUAAAGGGGCACCUAUAAUGGCUGGGUGGGGUGCUUAGCCUAAUGGGAAUUUGGUCUGGAUUCCAAAUCUACACAGAAAAAAAGUGGAAUUGGGGGGCACACCCGGAACAUGCAUUUCUAAGUAGUGGUGCUACCGCAAAUAGCUAAAUAUAUACAAAAAGCGUAUUAAGAAACAUUGCACACACACAAACUAAAAUGUAUGCACUUUUUUAUUUUAUCAUUGUCAGUCUAUGAGGAUUCAUGUAAUAAGAUUACCAUGUAAAUCACAUGUUAGGCCCAGUUACAAGUCAAUAAUGUUUUUGGACUUCUGUGGCAUUAUGGGCAGUAUAAUUAUCUGGAAAAUUUUGAUUGUGAUCACUUGCAGGCCUUAGUGCUACAGCGCUCAGUGACGGAGGCCAUUAUGGCGGCCAUGGGGUCCAUUUCAUCAGCCCUGUCUCAAACUAUCUCCCAUGCCCUUCUCACCUGUCUGAGAGAUGCUUCAUUUACUGGCUCUACGGUGCGCCACACCCGUCUAGCAGUGGAUGCUUCAGGUGUGGCACCCAGGAAGGCUCUACGCAAAGCCAAGCAUAACUCCCCCUCUGCCUCCAGAACCCCUAUGACUGGCGUACCUUCAGUCGCUCAGAAAGCGUGUCUCAUCCACGCGAGAGAGCCUUUCCGUGCCAGGCAGAACGGGAGCGGUGAUGGAAAUGUGCGAGGGCACAAAAAGAGAGUGACUCCGGCUCAGAAAUUGGGUCUGGUGAGGAGUCUGAGAGCGGCUCUUGAGAGGGAUUCCGCUGAGUUGGGCCUUGACCUCUUUUCCUCUGCUCAGACGGAAAUGUCCAGAGGCGAUCUUGGGGCUUCUCCUUCCGCGGACGCAGGGACUGCCCUCAUGGAUCCAUUGGGCGAGCCCUUGUUCGACCCGGAUGAGUUCCACCUUCCGAGGUCGGCUGAGUGGCUCCCAGCGGACCAUGUGGCCCGAUACCUUGAGAAUUGGGUACGGCGCCCACUCAGCAAAGCAGCCCGCAAUAAACUUAGGACAGAGUGUUCUAGGCCUGUAGUGUCUAACAAAGGGCUGGAUUCUGCACUUAGAUCGUGCCAAGACAAACACCUUGAUGUGUUUAGACCCCUAGUGAAAUUGGAAAUUGUCCAGAGAGCAAUUUGCAUCGCCGGGACGGUAUAUGCCUCCCUGUCCAUGGAACGGCAUGAAGCCAUCCUGUUUAAAAUAGAGCCAAAAUUGUUCAAUCUUGCCCUCCCUGAGGCUGGUAAAGACGCCCAGGGCUUUUUAUUUGGCGAUUCCUCCAUUAAGGAUCUGGGAUGCUUGAUAGGGGCAUUUACUGCCCUUAAUAAGGCCCAAUCCUCUGUGCGAAGGGUAUUCUAGGGGCAGGUCUCUAUUAGCACUAAACCGGCUCAAGAAGCCCAUACGGUGAGUUCACAUACACCUCAAAUUUUUUCUCAUGUUUGUGUAGGGGGCAGACUCCGUCAGCCCAACUGCCCUAGGCAUGACAGAUCUCGGUCACCCCCUAAUUUAAAAGUACCUGUCCCUUCCGGCCAAGUCCACUCGUCUUCCAGUUAACUUACACACAUUUUGACUGACAGACACACACUCUCAGAUACACUGACAUACACACUUAUACACUCACUGAUUUGACACAAUCUGACACACAUACAAUCAUUUAGACCAGAAUUCCCCAACUCCAGCCCUCCAGAUGUUGCUGAACUACAACUCAUGAUUCUAUGAAUUAAAUAGAUAGGAUGAGAAUCAUGGGAGUUGUACUUCAGCAACAUCUGGAGGGCUGGAGUUUGGGGAAGCCUUAUUUAAACACACACUGACAGAUGCACACACUCACUGACAGACACACUCACUGACAGAUGCAUACACUUACUGACAGACACGCACAAUCACUCAGACACGUUCACUGGACACACACACUCACAGGCACUCACUGACAGACACACAGACACACACACACUUUCAAUGAAACAAACACACUCACUGACAGACACACACACUCACUGGCAGACACACACACUCCCUCACACUCACUCAAAUUCACUGACGCACACACUCACUCACAUUCACUGACACUCACUCACAUUCACUUAAACACACACACUCACAUUCACUGAUACACUCACUCACAUUCACUGAUACACACACACACUCACUUCCUCACAUUCCCUGACACAAACACAGUCACAUUCACUGACACACACACAGUCACACUCAUUGAUAAACACAUACAUUUUCCCCCAACACUCACAAUUAUUAUUAUAUAAAUAUAAAUCCACCCAGCCUCCCUACUUUUGGGAAAACUGGGUGGAUUUUUCACCUGGGCUCCAGUGGGGCUGGCCUGGCUGCUGGGCAGGUAGGUGGCCAGAUGUGCAGGUGGGCGGGCGCUCUAAGUUGUCAACGAGAGAGCUGCAGAGUGAUGCCGGGAGCCGGACUGAUGUCAUAUGCAGGCUCCCGGCAUCACUGUGGGUCGCACAAAAGAGCUGAGCAGAGAGAGCUCAGUGGAAAGUGCUCCCUCUCCACCUGCCUGGGAAACAACUGGCCGCCUGCCCUGGUGGAGCCCAAAGGUGGCCAGCAUAAAACAAGGCAUUAGCCCGGGCAUUUGGGGCAUUUGCUGCCCCCUGGAAAUUGGCCGAUCUGUUUCUCACUCAGAGACCGCAGGUUGAUCAACGAGGAUUUGUUGGCCUUCCGUGACAACGAGGCAAUCGAACUGGCCCCUCUGGAUCCCAAAGGGGUCAUAUAUUUCUAGUGGAAAAGAAAGGCGGGCAGAUGCACCCUGUCAUCAACAUACACCCAUUCAAUGCUAUAGUUGGUUACCGCCAUUUUCAGAUGGAGGGCAUCCACCUUCUGAGGGACCUACUCCUACACGGAGAUUGACUGGUGAAACUAUAUUUGAAGGACGCAUAUCUGACGGUGCCCGUAGCCAAACCUUCUCGAGAUCUACUUCGAUUCUGUUGGUAGGACAGUGUUUGGCGUUUUACAUGUCUUCCUUUUGGUCUCUCCUUUGCACCCUGGUGCUUCACAAAGCUGCUCUGCUCAGUGAUGGCCUGGCUACGCAGUCGGUCUACCUGGACGAUAUCCUUAUCAUGGUUCAGGAGCGCUCCAUCCUCACGCAACAUCUGCGAUGGACCGCGAACCUACUAUGUCAACUGGGGUUCAUCGUCAACUGGGAGAAAUCCUGUCUGAGCCCGUCCAGGGGUAUGGAAUUUCUAGGUUUCCUCGUGGAUUCAGAGGAAGAAUCGUUGAGCUUUCCGUCCUCCAAGAUUCGCACGAUCUGCAAAGAUCUUCGCAGGGUGCUCCUCCGUUAGCGGAUUACCCCGCAUCACUUGGCAAGGCAUAUUUGUCUCCUGGCCUCAUCUAUCCAGGAGGUGUUCCCGGCCCCUCUCCAUUACCGGGCACUCCAAAGGUUGAAGAUCGCUCAUCUACGAGAGGGUGCGUCUUAUGCGGAUCUGGUCACCCUGGAUGGUUAAACGAAGGAUGAACUGGAGUGGUGGAUCAUGAACCUAUCUGCGUGGAACAGCAGGGCGAUCUUUGGUUCACAACCGGAGUUCACCAUAGUCUAGGAUGUGAGUCUCCACAGUUGGGGUGCUCACUGCAAAGAUGUGUCGACAGGGGUUCGUUGGUUGGACUCCAAAUCCAGGAUCCACAUGAACGUGAUGGAACUUCUGAUGGGUUCUUUUGCAAUCCGGAGCUUCGCCAGUGACCAAGCACAGUCGUGGAUUCGCCUCUGCAUGGACAACAUCUCGGCAGUGAGGUAUGUCAACCUCAUGGGCGGCACCCAGUCGGCGGUCCUGGCCAGAGUUCUAUCUGGCUCGGAACUUGGUGGUCCAAGCGUUAUAUCUACCAGCCUACCCAAUGUCCAGGCGGAUUGGAAUUUACAGUAUCUUUCGGACAACAGCGACUGGAAAUUGGACACAGAGGUGUUCUCAACUAUGUCGUCUCUCUGGUGUCCUUUUGUUAUCGACCUUUUUGCCGCAUGACUAAACGCCCACGGUUUUUCAACUGGAGACCAUACCCGACAGCAGAGGCCGUGGACGCUUUCCUGCAAGACUGGCAAGGGGAGCCCCUGUAAGCACCCCCCCCCCUCCAUAAUUCCACACAUGCUCAAUCAGGUUCAACGCCAACGAGCCAAACUGGUGCUUUUUGGGGGAUGCAGUUGUGGCAGCUCCCGGAACUAGACGGUCAUAUGGGUCAGCUUGGCGAGCUUGGGCUGGCUUGUGCCUGGUUAGGAACAUGUAUCCUGUUUCAGCCCCUGUGACAGAGAUUCUGGAAUUCCUAACUUCUUUAUUUACAUAGAAACAUAGCAUGUGACGGCAGAUAAGAACCAUUUGGCAGAUCAAGUCUGCCCAAUUUUCUAAAUACUUUCAUUAGUCCCUGGCAUUAUCUUAUAGUUAGGAUAGCCUUAUGCCUAUCCCACGCAUGCUUAAACUCCUUUACUGUGUUAACCUCUACCACUUCAGCUGGAAGGCUAUUCCAUGCAUCCACUACCCUCUCAGUAAAGUAAUACUUCCUGAUAUUAUUUUUUAAACCUUUGUCCCUCUAAUUUAAGACUAUGUCCUCUUGUUGUGGUAGUUUUCUUCUUUUAAAUAUAGUCUUCUCCUUUACUGUGUUGAUUCCCUUUAUAUAUUUAAAUGUUUCUAUCAUAUCCCCCCUGUCUCGUCUUUCCUCCAAGCUAUACAUGUUAAGAUCCUUUAACCUUCCUGGUAAGUUUUAUCCCGCAAUCCAUGAACCAGUUUAGUAGCCCUUCUCUGAACCCUCUCUAAGAUAUCAAUAUCCUUCUGAAGAUACGGUCUCCAGUACUGUGUACAAUACUCCAAGUGAGGUCUCACCAGUGUUCUGUAUAAUGGCAUGAGCACUUCCCUCUUUCUACUGGUAAUACCUCUCCCUAUACAAACCAAGCAUUCUGCUAGCAUUUCCUGCUGCUCUAUUACAUUGUCUGCCUACCUUUAAGUCAUCAGAAAUAAUCACCCCUAAAUCCCUUUCCUCAGAUGUUGAGGUUAGGACUCUAUUAAAUAUUCUGUACUCUGCCCUUGGGUUUUUACGUCCAAGAUGCAUUAUCUUGCACUUAUCCACAUUAAAUGUCAGUUGCCACAACUCUGACCAUUUCUCUAGUUUACCUAAAUCAUUUGCCAUUUGGCUUAUCCCUCCUGGAACAUCAACCCUGUUACAUAUCUUAGUAUCAUCAGCAAAAAGACAUACCUUACCAUCAAGACCUUCUGCAAUAUCACUAAUAAAAAUAUUAAAGAGAAUGGGUCCAAGUACAGAUCCCUGAAGUACCCCACUGGUGACAAGCCCAAGCUUCGAAUAUACUCCAUUGACUACAACCCUCUGUUGCCUGUCACUCAGCCACUGCCUUACCCAUUCAACAAUAUUUGAAUCUAAACUUAAAGAUUGCAGUUUAUUGAAAAGCCUUCUAUGUGCAACAGUGUCAAAAGCCUUAUUUUCUCUUCUGUGUGUGAUUUGGAAGCUCUUAUAACUUGCUUAGCCUCUUUCUGCCUAAUCUUAUAUCUUAUAAUAAUUGUACUUGACACUGGCAGGGCUUACCGAAGAUCAAUCUGUACAGGUAGGCCAUAUCUUCGACCCACCGUGGUUUUGGUAUGUCGACAUCUACGCGACUUCCAUCUCUCUCGUUCGCCUAGGCCGCAUUAUUCAUCUACUUGAUGUCUCUGUUGUUCUGUCUUUUCUCUCUGCUUGGCUUUCUAACCAGGAUCUCUUGUUAUGCCAGUUGACGGCUAAAUUGGUUUGUCUCUUUUGCCUCACCUUUUGCAAAAGGGUGUCGGAUGUCCAUGCUUUGGAUUUUGAUGACAGAUCAUACACUCCGGAGGGUGUGACUUUCAAUAUUUCCAGACGUUCUCAGACUUCUAUUAAGUCAGUAUCGUAUCCAGCUUUCCCUUCGAAACCGGCUUUUUGUCCGUUUGCAUGUUUACGCAAAUAUGAGGAUCGUACCAGGCAACAUCGUUCUGCAUCUGUGCACUAACUUUUCUUGUCUUUUCAUCCUCCUUUUGCUCCAGUUGUGAGCGCUACGUUGUCCCGAUGGUUGAAGUGGAUUUUGGACCAAAUGGGUAUCGACAUUUCUGUUUUUGGAGCGCAUUCUGUUAGGGGAGCCUCUGCCUCAUCGAUUAUACAACUUCUUAGUAAGGGUUAAGGAAAUAUCUGCUUAUACACUUAUUAGCGCUCCACACACCGAUUAAACGUUUCUUCUUGAUAAUCUUUUUUCUGCUCAUCGAUUAUGGCAUCGGGUGCAUGUUUGGAGGGCGUAUGAGGAUGGCUGCUUGGUCACGCGAAAUCAACGUUUCGUGAAUUUUAUUUACAGCCUAUUGCUCAUGUGUUUUCUGCGGUUGAUCAGCUUUAAACUUGCAAUAUGAGCCUCCGUGUCUUGUCAUAAAAUGACAUGAUUUUCCUAUUACAUGACGUAACGUCAUGAUUUUAUUAAAGACAUGGAGGCAAGCAUUGUCCCACCCGUUAUGAAGCAAUUUCUCAGCUUUUGUUUGUUCUGUUUUCCCACCCAUGUUGUUCGUUAUAGGUGAUUGGAUUAGUUGGUAUGGUAAGUGCGGCUUUGUAUUUAUGAGGUUUGGUUUUGAUUAUACCUGUUUAGAGUUCUGGGAUGGGCUGUUGUUCAUUUUGGGAUGUAGAUUAAUGCCUAUAGUUAUUCUGGCCUUGAUGUUGGUCUAUAGUACCGAUUUAACCCUUGGGCUCCUGUUCUUUAUGUUUUCACAGCAUGAUCCGGACCUGUUUAAUGUCUCUUUGCCUUGGAGGAGCAUUAUCUUGUUGGAGCUGUUCCAUUGUUUUCCUGGAUUGCUUUCCUGUUGUCGAUUAAGUGGUCCUGUGUUCUCGGUUAUGAAUUUCUACGUUUCGUUUGCUGAUGGAUUAUGUCUGCUGGUUUUCUGUUUUGCAAACCUUCUGUUAUGGUGUGUCGCAUCUUCAAGAAAGAGGAAGAUCUGAGGGUGGUGCCUGCUAUUAUACUAGGACUUGGCUUGGAGUGGCCUAUGUUACUAUGUCUGCAUUCUUUUUCCAUUCUUUUUUGUAUUCUUUGCUUCUUUUGGUGGACAGUAAAGAAUAUGCAAUACUCGCCUCUGUGUCUUUAAUAAAAUCAUGACUGUACUUCAUGUAAUCGGAAAAUCAUGUAAUUUUCUACUAUCCACACUGCUUGAGUUCCUGUGAUCCUUGAUGUGUUCCACUGCUACUCCUGGGAAGUGGAAAGAGGGAAUACAGUUGCCACAACAAUACAGGGAACCCUAUAGACUGUUUGACAUUUUAAUGUAAAACAGUGAAGCGCUAUAUACUUGUAAAGUGCAACCAAUGUGCUUAAAUGUGCUAAGUGCAAAAUAUCAAAAGGGUAAUAACUUAACUGGCAGAAAUAACCGUCUGUAGUGGGCCAGCAAGUAUACCUUGAAAGGGAAAUCAAUACAAAAUAGUGUAAAACUUUAAUACAUAUGAUAAAACAAGAAAUCCUAUAUGGAACACUCACAUGAUUCAGAGCUAAUAAAACUAGCUCUGGUGUGUGAAGCCAUUGGUCCAUUUAGGCGACCUGCCCCUCUCUUGUGUUGAUUCUUAAAGUGGAUCCUUUUUCUAGUGGUGUAUCUCAGGAUAGAGGGAAUAGGUAGAAAUAGUGUGAUAUUACUUUAAGAAGAGAGCUUGAUAUGUGUUAACAAUUAUACUCACAAUCAUGGAGCCUAGAUCCACACCACCUUCUUUGAAAAGUGCAGGAACUUCGGUGAUGGUAUUAAAAAAUUACUUUAUUAUAAUAUUUAAAACAAAAUAAAUGUACUAUAAAAUACCAAUAUACAGUCCUUGUAUCAUCCAGAAACACAUUUCACCUUCUGUUGGCUUCCUCAAUGAUACCGGAUUGAUUGAUAUUUUGCACUUAGCACUUUGGUUGCACUUUACAAGUAUAUAGCGCUCCACUGUUUUACAUUAAAUUGUCACUGUUUGACCUUGUCCAUCUUGUACGUUAUUGCUCUUUAAAGUUAACAAUACUAUUUGUGACUGUAUUACACUAUGUUGUGUUUCAUUCUGAUAUAGGUGUAGCCCAUUCUGAGAUUUUUAGUGCAAUACAUACAGCAGGUCUCUGCCUGUCUACCACAUGAUUGUGUUGUCCUGUAAGGAUGCCAGGUCUGGUGUGGGCCCUGUGGCGUGGAUGACUUGCAUAAUUUAUGCUGGUCUCACUUUCCCAACAGAAAUCCUCUCUGUUUAUCUGUCCUCACGUUCACAACAGCCAUGUGGCCCAUUUUAAUUGGAGCUUGUCACCAAAUUGGUUCCCACAUGUUCUGUAUAAUCUCUAGGGCAUGCUAUGUAGCAUGUGUAUCCAGUGGUGCUUCUGCUAUUAGUUACCAUAUUGAUACAGUGCUCCCAUUCCUGCCUUCUGGCUCAGAGUCAGGAAAGCAAUCGGCAUUGCUUUUUAUAUACUGAUUGCCAUGUACUGAUUUCUGUUUCUUUCACCAUCCAUCCACAUUGUCUUGUUCCAAAUCGUGUCUACAUUUUCUAGUCAUAUAUAGGAAAAAUAUAUAUCUUUACUGUUCUUAAAGGACCACUACAGGCACCCAGACCACUUCAGCUUAAUGAAGUAGUCUGGGUGCCAGGUCCAGCUAGGGUUAACCCUUUUUUCUAUAAACAUAGCAGUUUCAAAAAACUGCUAUGUUUAUGUUAGGGUUAAUCCAGCCUCCAGUGGCUGUCUCUUGACAGAGUGGCUGUCUCUUGACAGCCGCUAGAGGCGCUUGCGUGCUUCUCAGUGUGAAGUAUGAGACUGGCUGAAUGCGCGCAGCUCUUGCCGCGCAUGUGCAUUCAGCCGAAGAAGAGGAGAGGAGGCGGAGAGGAGGAGGAUAGCUCCCCGCCCGGCGCUGGAGAAAGAGGUAAGUUUAACCCCUUCCUCUCCAUCCAGCCCGGCGGGAGGGGGACCCUGAGGGUGGGGGCACCCUCAGGGCACUAUAGUGCCAGGAAAACGAGUAUGUUUUCCUGGCACUAUAGUGGUCCUUUAAACAAAUACUAAUUUUAAAAAAUGAGGAACAAAAUGUAUUUUUUUCCUUAGUGACUGGUUGUAUACAAAGAUAAACAUCUGUUUUUCAAAACAUAGAAAGCUAACCUAAAAUCACACAAAAUGGCAAUAUAGACGUACUCAAGGACAUGGAGGACACUGUGCAUUGGGCUGUGUUUGGGCACAUAUGGCACACUUUGCGUUCACAUAGAAGGGUGUGAUUAGAGAUGGAAUUAAUUAGUCAGAGGUUUAUGAGAUUGGGUGAAUGUGAAUGGAUCUAUGAAGGGAUUAUGGGGCUGCAGGUGGGCAGUGUUUAUUUAAGUUUUGCCUAACGCAAUAUCUGGUAUCUUUAAUUUGUGUGUGCAAGUUCCUGUGAAUGUGUGUCUAAGGGAUUUGUAAGGGGACCCGAGAAUAGUAUGCAACAGCUUUUCACAGUCAGUGUGAUUGUUAAUUUUUUUUAUCUACAGAUAUGAAUCAAGUGGAUUUACAAGACCCUCCUACUGGUUUGGAGUUUGAAUUCCAUACCCUACUUACACCGGGUGCUAUUAAUUUUCUGGUUGAACUUACUUGUACUUUUGAUCAAGAUGUUGACAAGGUAAAUUAAAACUAAUGGCGGGAUAUCAAAAAGUAAAAAAGCAUCAACAGUAUGUCCCAAUACCUUGCCUUUAAAUAAGACAUUUAGGACAUUUGUGUACAACCCUGUGCAGACAAAUCUUCACAUUUGUACAAGGCAGGGUAUGAUUCUUAAAAGGAUACUAUAGUGUUAAAAAUACAAAUACAAAAGUACGCAUUACUAAUGCAAUAGUGUCCUAGGCACCACUAGGUUUAAAUAAAGUAGAUUAUUUGCGCUGGAAGCUCUUCCUGUUUGGAAAAAAAGUAGGAAAGCACCAUAGGAAAGCAUUGGGAGGCCUGUGUGAAUACAGGGCAAAGCCCUGCACUGCACCAGUCAGACGGUCUCUCUAAAACCAUCUGAUUGAAAUAGCAGAGUUUUACAAUUUUCAAUAUGACUGCCAGGUAGGUUAACCCUGAAAAUAAAACCUUGCUGUUCCUGCAGGAAUGACAAUGUUUUCAGCUGCAGGGAUAAAACAGGGGGAACAUGGCACCCACACCACUUCAUUGAGAUGAAGUGGUGUGGCUGCCUGUAGUGUUAGUUUAAUCAUGCCAAUGUUAGUAGUAGAGGAAGUGAUGAAAUAACUUCUGUUUUUGGUGAAAGGUCAGACUGCUUUAUUUGUAAAAGUGCAUUUUUAAACAUAAUGCCAAAAUGAUUACAUCAAAGAAUGAAUUAAGGGAAUGAAUUACAUCAAAGAAUGAAUUGUUUCAGAACAAUGAUUUACGGUAUGUUUUUUUUAAACUAAAUAGUAAAUGCAGAAUAUAAUAGACUCUCCAGUGAACAUUGUUCAGUAUCACUGCAGUAUUUUCAAUUAUGCAUAUACUCAUAUUUAAAACGUAAUAGAUAAAAAAAACAUUUUUCAUAUAUGAUUCAAUACAGUGGUCCUUUAAUAUGUAACUUUUCAAAUGUUACAUAUUAAAGGACCACUAUAGUGCCAGGAAAACAAACUCAUUUUCCUGGCACUAUAGUGUUUAUAGGUUCCCCCCACGCUCAGGGUCCCACUCUCGCUGGGGUCAAGAGGGGUUAAACACUUACCUUUCUCCAGCGCCGGGCUCCCUCAGCGCUGGGGACUCUCUUCCCUCUUCCAACGUCAUCCGCCACGCGCGCAUUCAAUCAGUCCAUAGGAAAGCAUUACUCAAUGCUUUCCUAUGGACGGCAGCGUCUUCUCACUGGGAAAAUCACAGGGAGAAGCGCGGAAGAGCCUCUAGCGGCUGUCAGUGAUAGAGCCACUAGAGGCUGGAUUAACCCUAAUAUAAACAUAGCAGUUUCACUAAAACUGCUAUGUUUACAGCUGCAGGGUUAACCCUAGAUGGACCUGGCACCCAGACCACUUCAUUGAGCUGAAGUGGUCUGGGUCCCUAUAGUGGUCCUUUAAGGGCUGCAUUCUAUUAGUAGAGUAAAUGUUUACUCUGCUUAUGGAACCACCAUUUUUCUAUACACUUCAAUAGAGGAAGUAUUACUCAGUAAGUAAAAAGUAAACCUUUACUUAACUCCAGACAGAAUCCAGCUCAAAGUGUAUAUUGUUGUAUUUAUACGUUCUGUCAGCGACAUAUUUGAACAUACGAAAAACCUCAAUACUUUACUUUACAGCUUUACAAUGGGUAUAUAGAAAUCAACUGGUCAUCGACAAACAAAAUUAUGUUAACUUAACCAAGAGGUGAAGAGGGCCAAUUAAUUCCUCCUCCUACCUAGGUUCAGAAAGAAGAAAAGAGGGUUACCCAGCCAUCUCUGCCCCUUACUUGUUGUAUUGCUAAUGUAGAAUUUACAUUUUCACAUUAGCAAUAUUAGUGUUUGGUGGCGUUGAUACCCAUAGUAAUUUUGGAAACUGCUGCUCUUUUCAGAGGUCAGUUUACGUUUUCCUAUGAAAAGAAUAUUCAUUAAUUUACUUCCUUGUGUUCUAAUUCUUAUUUAUGAAAGGUCAGUCAUUUCUGUUGUCCUUCUUACAUUUCUGAUUAAGCAUUAGUCAUUUUGUUAAUUGUAAUGUUUAAUCUGUAUAUAUUCACUGCGUGCCUUGUAUUACUUUGCGUAUCUUGUACAAGAUUUUAUUUAUAGACAUAGGUAUCGGCAUUCCAUGCUUUAACAAAUAGCUCCUCUUUACAAUGAUCACAAUAGCAGUAUUCUUGGUUUAUAGUUUCACUUUGUGUGUGGUAGAAAGUGUUAAGAAAACCCGUUAGAAGGAACCUCUAAAUGAAGAAGGGGAUAUUCUAAGGACAUGUGGAUUAGUGGAUACUGGGAAGAAAUGGAAGAUUAAAAGGGUGAGGCAUUGUUUUAUAGUUAACGUAAGACUGUGGGAUGGAAGGAGUAGAUUAUUAAAUUAUAGGUCACAGCCAAACAUCUGUUGUGUACACCUAUUGUGUGGUACAAACACUCACAAACCUUCCAUCACCAUGGCUCGUAUUUGUUCACUACAGAAGGCUCAUCAGAUGGGUAUUUGUCAGGAUUGUAUGAUGGCUUAUGAAACAAAAUGCAUACCAACUAAUAUCUAUUUUUGCUUUAGUGGUUUUCAUAAAACUCGAAUUUGAAAAAUGAUAAUUUUAUAACAUUGACUGCUUUCAGAUUUUGUGGCAUAGAUCUGCUCGGAAAGUUCAACUUGAUAUGACAAAUAGUUACCCUAAUUAUUCAUCGGAAAAUUCACACAUUAGAAAUGACCUAAGUUGGAAGGUGUCUCCGGUUCCUAGAAGAUUAUUGAACAGACAUGUGGAUAUUGGGGACACAGCACCAUGUCAUACUGAACGGUUUCACAGAGCUUUGCUAUCUUCUGCACAAGGCAUUCAAGUAUGUCUAAAAAAAAUAAAGAGAAACUUUUCAUAGUCCCAUCCAUUUCAUAUAAAGUAAGAGACAGAUUUUGGGGUAUAUAUUACAGCUUUUAUUCUUCUUGGAAACCAAAAGUAUAGCAACUGUAUGUGUUAAUCUUUUGACCCUGUCUGCGGGGUUCCAUGUUUGAAACUAGGGUGGGAAAUGGUAAAUUUCAAAUAAAAAAUUGAUACAAAUAAAAUUGCAUUAAUUGAGGCAUCAGUAGGUUAAAUGUUUUUGAAUAUUUAUUUACAGUGUGUGUAUAUAAUGAAUGCAGUGUGUAUGUUUGUGUAGAUAAUGAAUGCAGAGUGUGUGUGUGUGUUUGUGUAGUGUGUGUAUAGUGAAUGAAGUGUGUUUGUAUAGUGUGUGUAUAUAAUGAAUGCAGAGUGUGUGUGUACUGUGUGAAUAUAAUGAAUGCAGAGUGUGUGUUUGUGUAGUGAGUGUAUAGUGAAUGCAGUGUGUUCGUAUAGUGUGUGUAUAUAAUGAAUGCAGAGUGUGUGUGUUUGUGUAGUGUGUGUAUAGUGAAUGCAGUGUUUGUAUAGUGUGUGUAUAUAAUGAAUGCAGAGUGCGUGUGUGUGCAGUGUAUGUAUAUAAUGAAUGCAAUGUGUGUUUGUGUAGUGUGUGUAAACUGGGUGGGGGAGGGUUUUUUUAUUAUUUAAAUAUUUUUAAUUAUUAUUUAAAUAUUUAAUUUGUGAACUUUUUUUUUUUUAGUCCCCCCUCCCUGCUUCAUACUUGGCCAGGGAAGGGGGAUAUGUCAAUACCUGGUGAUCCGGUGGCAUGUACUGUGCAGAGGGGGGCCUGCAGAAUCUCUUACUUACCUUCCCAGCAGCUUCCCUGUGUAAAUCUCGCGGUCUCCGUGGCAACACUCUAACGGCCACGGACUUGCGAGAUUUAGACAGGGUAGCUGAAGGGAGCUGCUGGGAAGGUAAGUAAGAGCUUCCCAGGACCGCCAGGCUUGUAAGUUGCCAUAAUACAGACCCUCACUCGAGUAUAAGCCGAGGGGGGAUUUUUCAGCAUAAAAAAUGUGCUGAAAAAAUUGGCUUAUACUCGAGUAUAUACGGUACAUAUAUAUUUAUAUAUGUAUGUGUACAUGUAUACAUAAAAAAAUUAUAUUUUUUAAAUUAUGUGUAUUAAUUUUUUUGAGAAAAUGUCACUUUAUAAUUUCACUUUUUUCAAGUUAUAAUUAGAAAGAGGCUAUGGUUCAGUUGCCCCUUUUUGCAAAGUAGCCAAACCCAGCCUGCAGGCUUUUUAAGUAACAGAUAAAAUAUCUUGAAUCUGAAUGUAAGAUGAUAUAAAUUGACAAUUUGAACUAACAUAUUUGUUUUCCUUGACUUACUAGUUAAUGUUUUCUAAGAGUUACUAAUAAAAAAGAAUGUUCCAUUUAGGUUGAUUUUGAUGAUGGCAAUUGCCCAACAUACUUCAAUCAAAUCAAAGGAAUAUUUAAUAUUUACCAAGUAGUGUACAACAAGGUUCCAGGUAUGUUGGAGAGGUUCUGGACAAUAUUAUGCCUGGGGUCCUCUCCUUCCAUUUAAUGUCAAUUACACUAACCAAGAUCAUAGGCAGAUGUUUAGUAUACUAUUAUGUAUACACUACCAGCAAUAUGUACUAUUCAUGUAAAAUAAAGGAGAAGAACAGGCAACCGCUUUUCUAGAGCUGUGCCAUCUGAUCGGGUGUGUUAAUUCUUGUCUAUUAUAUUCAUGCACAUUCAAGCCCAUAUUUAAACCCCAACACCUUACAUGAUAGCACAGGACAGUACGUUUGCAUAAGUUCAGGCCCCUUUGGUCCAUUUGGUCACACACACCCUUCUUUGCAGAAAUGUUGGGUUGCUUGAAAUCUUAUGGAAUACCUUCUCCCUCCCUACUAAACUUUCCCCUUUACCAGACCUUUGAAACUUAAUUUAACCCUUCUUCUUUACGACACAAUAUCAAGCAACAACUUCAAUCCUCUAAACAAAAGUAAAAACCACGAGCGGGGAAGAGGGAUCCCCACUUUUGGGGUUAGCUGCCUCCCAAUAUAUUAUUUCUAGCGGGUGUUGUCAGCGCUGUCCCUUUCCCUAUAACUUUAUUCCUUUCCCUACUGUUUUGUUGACCUCACUUUCUUUACCUGCAUUGUCCUCCUAUCCCCUCUCCAAUCUCUACUGUGUCUUUUACCCUUUUGUGUAAUUAUAGCUCAAUUUGCUUAAGACAGUAACCUAAUUUGAGAAGCACUGUUCCCGGAUCAUGUCAUGAUUUAAUUGUUAUAAAUUGGCACUACAACUAAUACUAAAAUUAAGGUGGUGCCUGGAGUUGUUAGACAUGUAUGACUUAGUUUUGUUUUUUAAGGUCUAUCUAUUUGUCCUCAAUAUGCUGAUAUGUUAUUUUUUAAUAUAAACAAAUUGUAUUAAAUUGUCAGCAAUUAACAAUUCACAUUAUCAUUGUGGAGGUGGCCAUCUCGGAAUAUUAUAUCAAAGUUUGGUCACUAAAAACUUUAGUUCCCCUUUGUUAAUGAGCUCAUAGCAAUUACUAAAACUAAUAUUGAAACCCCCUGAACCAAGCAGAACAAUAUUAAUUCAAGGUAAGUCUUAAAAACCACUUUAAUGAUGACUGAAAAUGUCCUUGAUCUAUAAUUUCUUCCAGGAAUCCCCCCACUUUCCAAAGCCCCCGUAUUAAUGCUUAGGCCAAGAGCAUGGAACAUGGUGGAACACAACAUGCUGGUAAUGGAUAUCUGAUGCUCUGAAACUAUUGUAUUGAAGAGUAUUAUAUAGACAUGCAGGGAUUUGUUGGAUGAAAAAGUAGCAUUGAAUGAAAGCAGUUGCAAAGUCUGCUAGACUCUUGCAAUGUUGUGCUACUACUCAUAACUAUAGUUAUUGCUGGCUGCUGAUCCUUGAACAUUUAACCUCAACAACUGCUGACUUUGAGGCUACAACUUAAGUGUAUGCACUUAUAAUACAAUUUUCUAGGCAUAACAAUUGAAGCACACAACUAUAUUUUUCCUUCAAAAUAAACAUGACAAAUGAAACCAAUAUUAAAAAAUAUAUAUUUUUAUGUUCUUUGUGAAGUUAAAAUAAUUCCACCACAGAUGUCUGUCUGAUACUUCGACUCUGACUUAUGUCUUAGCUGCAUCUGUAGUUCAGCAAUUACACUCAUGAAAAUAGAAAAAAGUUUAGAAUUAUGCAAAGAGCAAUCAAGACUUACUUUUAGAUAUUCUUGAGAUAAAAAAAAGCUCUCUUUCAUUUCUGUACCUGUGCUAAGGUCCUCGAGAAAGCCACCUCUUAUUGCGCUAGACUUUGUCUUGCUGGUGAUUGUUGUAAAUGGGAAAAGGAGCUACUAGUUGCUCAGUGUGAUCCUGCUAAAGGUCUACCUGCUAAGAAGAUAAUUAUAGCAUACAUGUGUUGGUACACUAGUUCCAGGUGCUGAGAAGGUGGAAUCGCAUUAUGGGAGAGGGUCUGGAUCUCAAACCUCUUAUGCCCAUUACAAGUCUAUGAACAAAACCCUGAUUUGACAGUAGAUCAUUUCCCAGGCUGUUAAGUAUCAAAUAAAUAAAUCAGCAACUAUUAUAGUGUGUAUUCAACACAAAGAUUCAGCACAAUAUGUGAGGUGCUUCCCCAUUGUGGUAUGUUAGUAGACAAUUUAGAACUGGUUGAAUUUCAUCUUUGGAGAAUAAUAUUAGUGAUGAAACAAGUCAGGCAGCACAUUCCUUUAUAAUUCUAUUAUCAAUUGUGCAAAGGUAUAAUUAAAAAAAAUCCUAAUUUAUUUUACAGAUAAAUGGCAGAGAAAUCCCAGGACCACUGUUUGAUUAUGGUUUGCUAAUGUAUCAUGCUGGAAGACAACUUUAUGAAAGUGAAAGUGGUCCUUUCUUCUAUUUAUCUAAGGUAUUUACGUGUAUCAAUGUUAAUGAUCAAAAAUGUUCAUUAAAUAGUGAUAUGGUUUAGAACCAGAAGUCUUUAUAAUACAAUCCUCAUGCAAUCCAUGUAUAUAAUCUGGCUCUGGAUGGUAUCACACGUAAAGUUUUAAUUGGAUUCCUUAGCCAUACUACAGGGAAAACCAAAAUAAUGGCACAAAUGUAUGUCAAUAUAUUGUUGGAAAGUAAUACAUAUGUGUAUAUAAAUCAUCGAUUUUUGUAGAAUGAAGUUCAGUGUAUUUUUAUUGUUCAAAUAUUUAAUUUGGACACGGCCUUCCUCACCUCUUGCGUCCAUCCACUUUAUUUGUGUAUAUUACUAUUACUUAUUGUUAAAUGGUCCCAUUGUAAAGCAAUGUGAAUAAUGUUGGUGCUAUAUAAAUACUAUUAAUAAUGAAUAAGCUGUUCGCAAUGAAGAGGUUGACAUGAAAGAGUAUUUAUUGCAUGAGCGAGAGCUUCAGAUUUUAAAAACCGUCACACUAACAUCUCCAAUUAUUAAUGUUGGAUAAGCUUUUUAAAAGAUUUCAUAUGUUUAUUUAAACUUUCAAAAUAAUUUUUUCAAAAUAUUAAAAGAUCCAAAAAAUCUAUGAUAUUUAAAUAAAAAUCAGUAUGUCAAGAAAUAUAUAUUGAAAUAUUUUAAAUAAUUUAAAAAGUAUAUCCAGAUAUAUUAAAUCAUUUUAAAACUUUAUCCAAAAAUAUUAAAUUAAAGCCUAAAUCGGCUUAACUUCACAUCCAGUGUUCAAUAUGGUUACCAGAAUCCUCUGGUGUCAUUUUGUAAGUUACUGCUAGAAGCUAAUCAGAUAAUUAUAGAGAUUCUUAUGGAGCCCAGGGUUUCUGAUGGCCCAAGGGGUUGACUGUGAUUAUGAGUUUUGCUGCACUCCUGAUUAUGACAUUUAUUUUUGAUAAAACUUAGUUGCUUCCAUUAUUUUAUAUUAACUCAUAAUUUUCCUUAGGUGGAAAGUUUUCUAGAAGCCAGACUUUGGAAUAAAAUAUUUGUAUGGACUGAGGAAAAGGUGAGUUUAGUCCACAAAUCUCCCCCAAAUGAAUGUAACAUUAAUUUGUUGAAGAAGUGUAUGUAAUUUGCACAAGUGACACGUAUGCAUGCAUCUUUUACAUCAAAAGCACAAACUUUAUCUGUGUAAAAGUGUGUGUUUUUCUCAGAUUAUGUAACUCUGUAUGUAACAAUGUGUAUAUCUUUAUUAUACAGAUAUACACACAGACCAAGUGCAUAUACCAUGGUGGAACAUGGUGGGUCUCUAAUCUGCACCUCUGCUGGAUAUUGACUGAGUAUAUACCUCCUGUGAGCUCAGGCCACUUAGAUCAUUGUUGUGGGUUACCUCGCCAAAGUUCUCAUGUCAUAGAAUGCAGGAGUUUGGAGUGGCAUGCAUUCUUCAAUCUGUACCCAGCAGAGGUGCAGACUAGAGUUUCUCAAUUGGGCCACCAGGGCAAUGCAUAUUCCCCCUCCAAGGACAAAGGUAAGAUGCAUGUGGAGGCGGGUUUAUUGCAUUUAUAUUGUAUUGCUCCUCCACUCACCUCCAGAUUGGGCACAUGCUACUUAAAGACCCUAUUUCACCACCCACAAUGCAGUCCAUAUACCACUGCACACAUUCACACACAGGCUAUAUCCUCUAUACAAUCACUUUAGACCCUACACACACUACUUUACUUUAUACACACUACAUCUCUUAUACACACACUUCAUUCCAUCAGUGGCGUCUCCAGGAUUCAUAUAUAGGGGGGGCACAUGAGAAGCCAGGGACAAAAGUAGGGGGGCAGUUAUAAACGUGUAUAUAUGUGUGAGUACACAUAUAUAAGUAGAUAUUGUAUCCGUAUUAGUCCAUAGAGAUUGUAGCCGUAUUAGUCCAAUAAAAAAGGUAUUACAAGAUACAAAUUUUAUCUAUUUAUUACCACCUUCCCGACCUCGGACCUAUCAGGUACGUCCGACAAAAAAUGGUUGUUAACGACCGCGGAUGUAUAUGGUACGUCUGAUCCCAAAUCUGCACUUACCUGAUCGCUGGUGAUACCCCGCCGGUGAUCGCGAUGUUGUAACCGCAGGUGGUUCCCUUAUUUACCACUAUAAUGUCUUAAAGCAUAGAACUUAGUAGGGCUAACCAUACAGAUAUCUUAGCCAUAAUUUUAUAUAGUUAGUAAGAGAUCCUCUAUUUAACAUAUAUAAAUAAUUGAGAAUACAAUAUAAAAUAAGGAUUGUCUUGGAAGCAAUAGUUUUGUCUUUUAGAUAUUUAUCAUAUAAAAAUAUAAAUAUAGACAUAUAAAAUCCAUUAUAUCAGAGUUUAUAAGAUUAAAUUAAAUGCUUGCAAAUAUCAUUAAUAGGUUAACAUACCCUUCUGAACAUGUCAUUAUGUCAGCCUCUCUGUCAUUUUAAGAUGGAGCAGCGUCUGUCUCCAAGUCUCUCCUCUGUGUCUUAACAUUUAAAAGUACACCUAUUUAUACCUUAGGUGUCUCCAUUUUAGGGUUACCAUAGUUCAUAUAUGAAAAAGUAAUACUUAUUUUACUUUAUUCAUUUUAGGACCUCCCUUAAUUUGGCAAACAUAAAAGGCCAUGACUAAAGGGUGCAUAUGUCAUGGAAAUUUUCCUGACUUAGUUCAAGAUGGCAUCUUAAAGUCUGAAUAGCUUAUCUGUUGUUUAUACUAUGUCGUAAGUGCACAGUCGUGGGAGAUUCCCGGAUUUGGGGAAGUUCCAUUAACUUGGGGUUACAACAGUAUAUUGUGUACUGAAAGAGUCGUAGUAUAGCCUUGAAGCUUGUUUAUGCAUAAUCGUUAUUGUAAUUCGUCUGGGACAAAAUGGCGCAAACAUAUUAUGCACCGAGGUUAUUGCUUAAAGAAACAUCUAUGAAAAACAAUAUGUUCCAUUUCUAACACCUUGUCAAUUUGCAAUAUCUCUUAAAGACAAAGUACACAGUUUAAGAAAUACAUUUCAAUCUAAAACUUGUAAUAUUUGCAUUUGCCCAUAACAUUGUGGGGACUUGCCUGGCAUCCCAGGCAGCCCCCCUGCAGCUGAUCCAGCCCCCCGCAUGGCUCACGUGAUCGCGGGGUCCUAGAGAUCACAUGGCCGGAAUAGCCGGCUUGUGUAGUGCCUGCAGGGGGUGUGCCUGAGCUUUCAGGCUGUCCCCUUCACGCCUGCACAAAAGUUUAACAAAGUUAAUAAAAGUACUUAGAUCAUAUAUAUAUUUAUAUAUAUAUAUAAACUAAGUACAUUUAUAUGCACAUACACAUACACAAUCCAUUAUUCUAAGUGUAUUUGACAUUAAACAGGCACAUCAAAAUAUGUUGAAAAAGUGUUCUGGUCCCAAGGUCCAAAAGGGCAGGAAAACCAGGUAACAUUAAAUAAAUAAAUGAAAGAAAAUAAUAAAAUAUAUACUCUGUACAUAAGAACAAAGCCCUACGCGUUUUGUUCUAUUGAACUUCCUCAGGGGAAUAUAGCAGGAUUUCCUUCACAUGCAGGCUUAAGAUGUACUGUGCCGAUACUCUCCUUAAAUCCGUCUGGUGUUGGCGUGAAGCAAUUAGCCCAAUCUGCAUUCAAUUACAUACUUCCGGGUUCAACCUCCAGAGUACUUCCGGGUGCGCCCCUGAUGCGUUUAUGGAAUUGCGGACCUCCUACUUUACCUUUGUGCUCCUUCUGAUUCUUUCUGAUCUUUUACCUUUUGUGCUCCUUCUGUCCCUUCCUGCUCCUGCUGCCCCUUUCUGCUCAUUGCUGACCCUUCCUGCUAAUUUGUAUUCCUUUCUGCUCCUUCUCUACUUUACCUUUGCACUCCUUCUACCCCUUCCAGCUCCAUGCUGCCCCUUUCUGCUCCUUCUCCUACUUUACAUUUGUCCUCCUUCUGAUUCUUUCUGCUCCUUUACCUUUGUGCUCCUUCUGUCCCUUCCUGCCCCUUUUUGCUCCUUGCAGACCCUUUCUGCUCCUUGCUGCCCCUUUCUGCUUCUUGUUGCCCCUUCCUGCUCCUUGCCGAUCCCUCAUGCCCCCUGCAGACCUUUCCUGCUACUUGCUGACCCUUCCUGCUCCUUGCUGCCCCUUCCUGAUCAAUUCUGUUCCUUCUCCUUUCUGCUCCUUCUCUUAGUUUGCCUUUGUGGUCCUGAUUCUUUCUGCUCCUUUACCUUUGUGCUCCUACCGUCCCUUUCUGCUCCUUGCUGUCCUUUCCAGCUCCUUGCUGACCCUUCCUACUCCCUGACCCUUCCUGCUUCUUGCUGACCUGUCCUGCUUCUUGCUGCCCCUUCCUGAUCAAUUCUGUUCCUUCUCCUUUCUGCUCCUUCUCUUAGUUUGCCUUUGUGCUCCUGAUUCUUUCUGCUCCUUUACCUUUGUGCUCCUACCAUCCCUUUCUGCUCAUUGCUGUCCUUUCCAGCUCCUUGCUGACCCUUCCUACUCCCUGACCCUUCCUGUUCAUUGCUGACCCUUCCUUCUUCUUGCUGACCCUUCCUGUAGGCUGCCCCUCCAUCCCUCACUUACCUGAUCUGUAUGCUGUCUCCCCAUCCCUCACUUACCUAUUCUGUAGGCUGCCUCUCCCCCCACGCCUCACUUACCUGAUCUGUAGGCUUACCUGAUCUGUAGGGGCUGUAGUGUGAGCACAUGCUAAGUUAUAGGAGCUUUUGAGAUUGUGUGUGCUGAGAGGACCUGUAAGGUGUGUGCGUGUCCAUCUAGGGACUGCAGUGUGAGUGUAUGUGUAUUAGGGUUGCAUUGGGUGCAUUGUGUGCUUAUCAAGGAGCUGUAGUGUGUAAUGGUAUGAAGUAUGUGUGUGUGUGAAUGUACUUGGGAUUGACGUGUGUAUGUGGAUGAAGAGAUGAUGUGUGGGAUGAAGUGUGUGAGGGGUGUACUCUGUGUGGGUGGGAGUGUUCUUUAUGUAGGGGGUUCAUGUGAGGGUGUACUGUGUUCUUUAAUAAGAGUUAAAACAAAGAAGAAGAAUAUUCCCCUUUCCCUGAGCUUAUCUUGCAGGGAGGAGGUGGCACAAUGGUGGUUGAGAAGGCUGCCUAUCCGUUGGGGACAGGGGAGGUCACGAGAUGAGAGGUAUCUCUCUCUUGGAGCUCAGGCACUUACACAGACUGACCCGUACAAAUCCAGACUGACCCAUACAAACCCACAGACUGACCCUCCCACGCACACGAUGACUGAGCCAGUCUGACCCAUACACACACACACACAGACUGAGUCAUACACACACAGACUGAUCCCCACACACACAGACGUAUCACCCUCCUCCCCAACAGGUUGACCCAUAUAAACACAGGCAGUUCUUCUACACAGACUGCCCCAUAUACACACACAAACUGACCCAUACACACACAGAUGCCCCCUCCACAGACUGACCCCCCAACACACACACUCUGACCCAUACACGCACAGAUGCCCCCCACACAGAGACUGACCCAUACACACACAGACUGAACCCACACACAAACUGACCAAUACAAACACACAGUCUGCCCACACACACAGACUGACCCAUACACACACAGACUGCCCCUCCACACACAUAUUUCCCCAUACACAUAGACUGACCCCCCCCCCUUACACACAGACCGAACCCCCACACGGACUGACCCACACACACACACACACACAAAGACUGAUCCAUACAUACACACAGACUGACCACACACACACAGACUGAAUCCCCACACAGACUGACCCAUACACACACACACACACACAUACUGACCCCCCACACAGACUGACCCACACACACACACACACACACAGAAUAACCCGCCCACCCCACACAGACUGAUCCAUACACAAACACAGACUGACCUCCCCCACACACAGACUGACCCAUACACACAGACUGACCCUCCCACACACAGACUGACCCAUACAGACACAGACAGAUCCCCCCCCUCCUCCCCACAGACUGAUCUCCCUACACAGAGAAUGAUCCAUACACAUACAGAUUGAAUCACACACUCUGACUUACACUUACCAGCAGCUGCCUGGAUGCCUCGUUACCCCAGACAGAGCUGAACUUCUGUCUAUCCCCUGCGCUCCUCUCUGUGAUCCAGCAGGAACUUCCUCCGAGCACAGAGCCCCCUUUGGCCACACAUGGGAAUUCCACCCACCUCUGUGCACUGCUGCCGCAGCUUGUGAAGGGAGACUUGUGGCUAGCGGCUUCAAUUUCAAUAGGGGGGGACAAGGGAGCAUUGCAUGAUGUGAGGGGAGGGGGCAUGGCCCCCUCUGCCCCCACCCCCAGUGACGCCCCUGCAUCCCAUAUGCACACAUUUCAUUUAUUACACACACUUCUUCCCCUACACACACUACAUAACCUAGCAAACAAAUGUACACACUACAGCCCCGAGACACAGUUGUAAUUAAAGUUAUUCAACCCCCAUUGAAAAUCAGGUUUAUUGUCAAAAUGUACAGACUUUCAGCUGUCUGCAAUGAACAAAUCAAAGAGAAGCAAUUGAAAUAUCUCAACACAACUAUUGCUUCAAGUGGUUUCUGCAGCCAUACACGACACUCAACAAACUCCUAGCCAGUUCAGGUAUUUAAAGAGUUCCAGCUCAAGUACACCUGAUGAAGUCCUUGAUUAGUUGCAUGAGGUGUACUUGAGACAACAACUGUUUGGCAUGUUUGUGCUGUUGUGAGAGAUUCUAUUCAGGGGGUUGAAUAACUUUGAGACUGGAGAAGUCAUUCUAAAUUGCAUUUUCAGUUAAAUUUGAGAAAACCACUUGAAGCAUUUUGUUGUGUUGAGUUAUUGCAAUUGCUUUUGUUCAUUUCAAACAGCCAAAAGUAAAUGUUGACAAUAAACCAAAUUUUGGAUGGGGUUUGAAUAAUUUAAUUACAACUGUACCCCAAUAUAAGACUGUGUGAGUCUGCAGAUAACACAUCCCUUAAUACCAGCAGUGAAUGUGUUGGAUUUCUGUCUCUCAAUAUCAAAACUGUGUGUCUGCUGAAAAUGCUAUCUGCUGUUUUGAAUUCCCAACACUCUGUGUGUAUCUAUCAAAGUAUACUGCUACCCAUACCAGGCUUCCAGUUACAUUUUAUAUCAUUAAUUAUUGUCUUGUCCUGUUCUAUAUCCUCAAGUCUUUGUGAAUUGGGAUACCUGUUUUUAGUAACUUUUUUUUUUUAAAUUAAUGUAUAUAGAUGUAAAUUAAGAGUUCGAUAACCUACAUGCUAUUGGACAACGUACUAUUUAUUUUCUAAUGAAUAGUUAAAGUUGCCACUUGGAAGCAUUAAAGCGACGGUCUUGAUAGAGAGCGUGCUGGCUUCGUUUGAGAUGGAGGAGAUCCUUUAUGAGCUGAAGGACCACUCAGCUGGCUUGAACUGUGGGAUCUGGGAUUAUGCUGCUUCCUUUGUGAACAAAUUUGGUAUGGAUAUGAUGAAAGCAUACUUUGUACAUAUAGGAAAAUAUCUUUUUUUUUUCUAUUAGAUUUCUUUAUUUUAAAUUAUUUUAGGUCACAGACUUGAGUUUUUGCUUCCUGAUCGCAGCAAAUAUGUGAAUAUGGAAAAACGUUUCCUUAAAAGUUACAUGGAUUUGUUGAUUCAGACAUGUCAUCGUAGAGGUGCACUGGCUACAGGAGGCAUGGCGGCUCUCUUGCUCCCGGAGCACAGAGAAAGUGAACAAUACCAUAGUGUCAUGGCAACUGUUACACGGUAAGAACAAAAAGCACCUAAGGAUUAACAUGUCUUCCAAAGGUGAAAAAACUGAGUUAAUCAAUAUACCAAUAUCUGAGUAGAUAUUAUAGCUCUUUUUUAGCUAUUUUCUUAUAAACUAAUUUUAGUAUUCAGUAUAGUGUACUUUCUCAUUGUCUAUCCUUCCCCCUUACCUCUUUCAAUGUCAUCCCUUACCACCACCCCAUCACCUCCUCCACUCUGUCCCAGAUUGUAGUGUGACGUAACUAGAAAGACUUAGUGCAUAAUAUUGGAACAAACACUUGCAGGGCUAUCCAUAUAGCCAUUGAGCGAUAAAAUGCACUAAUGGAGGUAAGACGUUCAAAAGAGGAGAUAACAAGCACAAAAGGGGUAAGAAAUUCAAGAGGGGUGUUAAGACACACACAGGUGAAGAUGUAUUUUUGGGGGAGCAGGGAGGAGAGAUGCAUUUUCACUUGUUUAGCCAAAAAUCCAUGCACUGUGCCCUCUGGCUGAAAGUCAGAAAUCAUUAUCAAAUGGUUGUCAUUCUGGAUUGUAAUUUAUGCCAUAGUUUUUUUUAAACAAGUAUCCCCAAAAGCUUAUUUCAGGAUUUACUGUCACUGAUACAUAUACAUGUGUCACUGCCUUAUUUUUUUAUUUUACUGACUGCUUAUAUGAGGCAAGCCUGUAAAUCAAGUAAUACAUUAUUAUUAGUAUUAGUAGAAGAUACAUUAAUUAUUAGUAGUAGUAUUUAUAUCAUGUUGGUAGGAUGGGAACUCUAGAUGCGGGGCAAUGGGAAUAAAGGGAGAAUCCAAAGGCAAGGUCAAAGACCGUUCCAAGGUCAAGAAAUAGGUCUGAAGUGUAUAAACACAGGCAAAACCUAGAAACACAGUCAGGGUACAUAAGCCAAGGGUCAUAAUAAUAGGAAUAAUAUAGCCUAACACACUGAGAGCAUGAAACAACUGAGCUAAAGUCAAGUGAACUUUUGAGGUGAGCAUCUGUUCAGGUCAGGGUACAUCCCCUUACAGCAUCCUUGCACCGCCCUUAACUCCUACCUUGAGCUGGGAUUGGGACAUUGCCUCGGGUGGCUGAGAAUGCACCAAUCCGGGAACUGGCUUGAGGCCAGCCUCCUAGAGAUGACCAAGUCCCCACCAGUUCCCAGGGAAGUAUGCUGUUAGACAAUGUUUUAUAACUUAGUUCGCAGUGCACUGCAAAUGUCUUGAAUUUUAUUAUCAUGUUCACUUUAGCUGGUGAUUUUAAUAAAACAGUGAGUGAAGGGAGUGCUUGAAGACUUUUGAAGAGGCAGACCCACAUCCCUGGUGGCAUUUUGUCACAUACUGAUUAUAGUAUAAUCAUUUAACUUUAAAUGUGAUAAAGGCAUUCCCCCAAAUUUGCAAAAAUAUAUUCCCAGAAAAGGUGGAUUUUAUAAAAGCAUUCAUUAUUUUCUAGUAAUGACCCAAGUGUUUUGCCUUUUUCCAGGUUAAAGCUUUUUGAAAUUAAAGCUGGGGUUGAUGGAUUCAUGGUGUACGAUGUUGACCUCGUAGCCCCUAUGCAGAAGGUACACUGAAUGUAUACUGUUAUACUGUCUUUAUAUUGCUCCUUUCUGUGUGAAUGUGAUAACAAACCAUUGCUAAACCAUGAUUUUCCUAGCACCCCUUCAGCUUACAUGUAAUCGGUAUACUAUAAGUUUAGAGGAACACUCUAAGAACCAUAAUCACUAUAAUGCAUUGUAGUUGUUUUGGUGCCAGGAGUGCCCUAGUGCACCCCAGUUGUAAGUAAUCAAACCAUUUUAGAAUACUUCUUCUUGGCUUCUUACCUGAGGUCGGCAGUACUUCACUUCCCACUUCCACUACCUCACCCAGAUAUCUGGAAGAUUUCUGUUUGAGCUAAGUCUAGUGGUGCAGGGCUUAGCUCAGGAUACCUAAUAGAAGUUCUUAAGUUUUUGCUUCCAGCUCCCUGGCUGAGAUAGUGGAUGUGUGAAGUGAUACGCAGUGAUCCGAAGUAAGACGUUCCAAAAUGGUUUGAUUACUUACAUGAGGGUGAACUUUGGCACUCUUGGCACCAUAACCUUUACAUUGUGCUGCAGUUGUUAUGGUGCUUGGAGCCAUGCUUUAAAAAAAAAGUUAAUUUAUUUAUAUAAAACAAUUUGCAUAUGUUUAUAUCCAUUUGUAUGUAGAUCUUUAUAUAUGUUUUCAUUUCAGUUAUAAAAGAUAGAUCACAUAUGCCAAUCUUGACAGAGAAUAUAAUAUCUGUAUUUACAGAUUUCAUCAUUGUCCAAAAUGAUAACACUAGUUCAGUUUAUGCUGGAAGUCCACAGGUUUAUGGUAAUCCAUGGGUUUAAUAGCCAUCUAAUUUGCAGCUAAUUAAGAUUUGAUCUUUUUCACAAAGUGUUUCUUUAUUUCAGGGGAAUUUCUAUAGACAAUAUGGUUACAAAGAACAAUGCUAGUUCUACACGGACGUCUUGUCUAAAAGACAGUAAUGUUUUAGGGAUUCCAGUUGUCCCAGAAAUAAAAAUGCCCAUGGUCAAUUUUAUUAAUUUAUUCCUGGAGCCAUCAUCUACGUACUUGGAAAUCAGUAGAACACAUUAAAGUGGCACUGUCAUGCCGAACUUACCUUUUUUUAAUCGAUUCCUCUGUCAGGAUCUGUUCUUCAUUUCGUCCUGUCUGCACUAGUUUUCCUAUGGAUUUUUCCUAUGCUUGACCAGCUUUGACCAGCAGAGGAGCAAAGUGUGCUUCGUUUCCGGUGAUCAAAGCAAUUUUCCCACAAUUCUUUGAUCUGUGAUCUUGCGAUUAGUGAUGUCCCGAACGGUUCGCCGAACGGUUCGCCGCAGAUGGCGAACAUAUGCGCAGUUCGGUCCGCCCCCUAUGUCAUCAUUGAGUAAACUUUGACCCUGUACCUCACAGUCAGCAGACACAUUCCAGUCAAUCAGCAGCAGACUCUCCCUCCCACCUCCUGGACAACAUCCAUUUUACAUUCAUUGUGAAGCUGCAUUCUUAGUGAGCUGUCCAGGAGAUGGGAGGGUCUGGGAGUGAGGGUCUGCUGCUGAUUGGCUGGAAUGUGUCUGCUGACUGUGAGGUACAGGGUCAAAGUUUACUCAAUGAUGACGAAUAGGGGGCGGACCGAACAGCGCAUAUGUUCGCCAUCCGUAGCGAACCGUUCGGCGAACCGUUCGGGACAUCACUACUUGCGAUGCUUCCUGUCGGUAUUCCCGAACAUCUUGCCACUUAGACAGAACGCCGGCGAAACUACCAAAUUUCGUCAUAACAGAAUGAAUGAAACUCCGAUCCUAUUCAUGCCGCGGCUGCAUCUCAGCCGCUUAAUAGAUAACUCCACAAUUCCUUUUUAAAAUUGCUUUGAUCACCGGAAACAAAGCACACUUUGCUCCUGGGCUGGUCAAAACAGGUCAAGCGUAGGAAACCUCCGUAAGACAAAGUAGGGACUACUUUGUCUUAUGUUUUAAAGAAAACUAGAACAGACAGGAAGAAAUGAAGAACAGAUCCUGACAGAGGGAGAGAAGAGGAAUCAAUUAAAGAAAGGUAAGUUCAGCAUGACAGUGCCACUUUAAGGUUAUUGUGUUUUGCACUUUAAGACCUGAUUUUCUUCAAUUAAUACUUGAACUUGGAGGAUUUUGUCUUUAAAGGCAUUACUUUUUGCCUGUGCUAUAUAAUAUUAUUAUUAUUUUAUUUUAAUAUAAAUAGAAAAACAUAUUUUAUUGAUCACUUGAUUGUGCUUUGUUUCAUUAUUGAACCUUUGCCACACUGAUUUAAAAAAGAUAUAUAUAUAUAUAUAUAUAUAUAUAUAAAAAUACAAAAACAGGAUGCACUCACAGGUCUUCAUCAAAGUGAAAAAAAUUGUGUAUUAUUAAUCCAUUAGGUGUGUACAAAAAUCAAUCGAUGUUUCUACCCUGGCGGGUCUUUUUCAAGAUAUAUAUAUAUAAAAUGUAAUCCCAAUGAUCUCAGCCAAUGCAAUGCUUCCUCAUAGGGAAGCAUUCUGGGACUAUGUCCAUGCAUAACAAAUUGUCAUGCUGCACCAAUCAAAUGCUGCAUUUUAUUUAUUUAUUUAUAUUUGCAGUGCUUAAGGAUAAUUACAGACAAGCCCACAAUGCCCAACAGCUAUAGCAGGCAGUUAAAAAUACAUAUCAGGAUAGAUGUGUGGCAUUUCAAGAUAACAGCCCUAAUUUUAUGGUGAAAUAGAUUCAGGCAAGACACAUAUGUCUAAAACAUUGUCUGUAACUAAGCAGGUAGAGACAGGAGGCAAGUUAGACAUAGCGAUUAAAAUCAGGAAAGUAAGUGGAUAAGCUUAGUCCAGGACUAUGCUAACUAUAACACAAAUACUAUUAUGUCAGAUGUGUGGUAAAGCAUGCAGAUAAAAUCAAGGUAAACAUUCUGACAAUAUGAGUGACUAUAGUAAUGGAUAUUACACUGUACUAAUCAGACUGCGCAUACAGUAGCUUGUACCGCUGAGGCCACCGGCACUAAUCAGACCUUUGAAUAAGAAAGACAAAAUAAAGAAACUACAGCUGUUGCUGCAAAACAUAACUCUGCGUCUGGUAGGUAUUUCAACUCCCAUGGAAAAGCAUUAAAGUCAGCCAAUUCCAACACUGGUCUUAAUGCUUGUAUCCAAACUCAGUCUUAAGGGGGCCGUGCAGAGGAGACCAGGUGAGGCGCCCCUCCAGCUCCAGGCCCGUCCGAGAGCCGGCACCACAAUUUCACAGACUCGGUGUCUGUCCGAGGCCAAGUCCUUCCCCGAUGAGGGACUGCGGAAGGGUCUCUGUUGCUGCUUCCUGGGGCGCCGAGAGGUCCUUCGCAGAUGUGGGUGGUGUAUGGGGGGUCGAACCCCAAAUGGCUCUCAGCCUAUGAGGGCAAAUUGCAAUGGUAGAGGUGAGUAUGAUGGUAACUGUGCCCGGUUGGGGUCUCUUCGGUGUUCCUCCUCCUCCUCUCCAAGCUCCCCUUGCAGACUAAGAUGCAGGUGUCAGUUUCUGUGCAAGAUGCUCAAGCUACAUCUGGAACAACACAAAGAUUGCCUCAAGUUUCUCUGACAUUGUGAGAGGCGCGCCAGAAGGGCCAACGAUUUUUGGGGGCCGAACUCUUCAUGUUCUGCAGGUGCGUGGCAGCCAUCUUGCUCUAGGCUCGAUUUAGCUUCUCAGCAGAGAUUCAGCAAGGCAGGCAACUGGUAUGAGGAAGUUGGUGCAGUACUGACCCAGCGGGGACCAGGAUAACUCCCACCGGCCCAGAGGGGGGGAAUGUGACCCAGACAGCACUUGAGUCGAUUAUUUAGAAAGAGAUAGGCUGUGACCCUUGCCCUCAAACAAACAGCAGGCCGCAGGUAGUUUCAGGACCCAGUAAGAGCUUGACAGAGCUGAGAGUGUUGGUCCAAGAUGUGCUCCAGAGUCUUAAGUAGCUUAUGCAACAGAUAUAUGUACAUGUUUACUUGAUUUAUUUGUUAAAAUCAAAUGCAAGUUGAGGAGCUCUCUCAUCCUGCUUCCUGCCCCACCCCGUUUUUUUAAUUUUAUUUUUUAAGCCAUUUUUUUUUUUCCUUUUUCCAUUUCUGGGACAGACUCCUCUCAGUAGUCUAGAUCCUCUUUGUUGCCUUGUGCUUCCAUGUGAGGAGCAUUACAAAAGCAUUGAAGGCACACAGCAUCCUGGGUCAAAAUAAUUUGCAUGCUGACCCUGGACAUCAAAUAGAUUCAAUAAUGUAAUCAAUUUUAGUGCAGAUUCCCAAGUGGCUGUCUGUCUGACAAUUUGCCAUUUAUUAGAAAUUGCAGCAUUUACAACAGCAAGGCUGCAAGAAAAUCAAUUAUGUACCAAAUUCACUUCAUUAAGACAAAGUGAUUUUUGUGCCUAGACUGCCCUAUGCAGGUUAUUUAUUUUCACCAUAUGUUAGGUAAUCAUUACUCAUUUACAGAUAUACAGGAUUUUAUAUAUAUAUAUAUCUCCAAAAGCUUGGCACUCACCUUACAAUUAUAUAAUGGAUUACAUACCCUGGUGCUAACCGCGCUUAGUAGAUAGGUCGCGAAGAAGUAGGUGCACUCGUGGUUUUUAAAAUAAAAUAAGUGUUAUUUAUUGCAUACAAGCAAAAAUGACAAACUGUCCCAAUCGACAUUUCGACCCCAACCUGGGUCUUUUUCAAUCUUUUUCGAUCUUGAAAAAGACCCAGGUUGGGGGUCGAAACAUCGAUCGGUAAAGUUUGUCAUUUUUGCUUAUAUGCAAUAAAUAACACUUAUUUUUUCAAAAAAAACAUGAGUGCACCUACUUCUUCAAGGCCUAUAUAUAUAUAUAUAUAUAUAUAUAUAUAUACGUACUUUUAAACAUGUGCAUAGUUGUAUUGACUCUUUGUGACUGAGAAACCUAAAUACUUUCUGGUUUUGGUUUAGCUUUUCCAGGAGCACACAGAAGGACCUAACCAGUUACAUGUGAUCCCAGAUGUAUGUGUUUCACAGUCUGAUUUGCUUACAAUGCCUGCUGUGAGUAGAAACCUUUUUUUAUACAGUUGCUGCUUUAAAAUGCUAUUCCUGCACCGAUAGUGUACUAUUUCAUUUUAUAAUCAUUCAAAGAGUGUUGCUGCCAAUGAAAAUUACUGGGAAUUCAGAGAGAAUUUCAAAACUAGACGCAUUAGAUAAAUUGUCUGUGUCUAUUCUAUUUUCAGUUUGUCUAUUUUGAUUUUUAACUUGGAAUUCACUUUGAAUUAGACUUGUUGUAUGAGUCUGAUUUGGGGGAUAUAUGUGCUGGAAGAGUGCCCAGCUUCACAUAAAGCGCUUGAAUAUUUAAUUAAUAUCUUCCUCAGUCGUGGAACAUUUAUAUCAAUUUAUUUAAAUCUAAAAAUUUAUUUUAUCCAAGUGAACUGAUCAAGAUGUAAUUCAACCAUAAAGAAAUAUAAAAAAAUAGGGGGUGGGGGAGGGUGGAGUCUGGCCUCCAUCUUAGAUGGUCACGUUCUAGAGGAGCUCCUGAGGCAAGGGGACAUAAAUGUUUCAUAAAUAAAAUAUUAAGCCUGGAUGACAGAGAAUUUUACACAGAAAGAGACACCUGAACAACUAGCAAUAAUGCAGAAACAAAAAACCUGAAAAAACGUGCCUGUACUGCAAAAGCGAGAGGCUGGAGCUGCAGGGGUGAGUAAAGGCCUGCAGGCCCAUUCACCUGCCAACAAAACUGGCCAGUGGCUUAUUUCACCACAGAAAUCCACGUUGGUGGGAGUUGUGAAAACUAUCCCACCCGCCCGCCCAGUUACCCAGACAGAAGCUGACAGCCGCUCGCGCGCUAUAAUUAAAGCAGCCCGGUCGCUGGUAUACAAAAGAGGCCAGGAUACAGAGGAGGGUAUAGGGGGCGUGAGGUCUCGCUCCCCGUCGAGGUCCUCGGUCUCACGGCUGGGAAUACCGGCGUGGGGGGUCUUUCCCUCCAUCUCCCUAAAAGACAAAGAAUUGGUAGAUGAUGGUGACAAUUUAAUAAACUGUGAUGUAUUGGAGGAAGAAAUAGGCUCCAUUUAUUAUCCUUCUAUGCAACAAAACAUCAGGCAUGAAGCCUCUACCAAGAUGGCUACUAAUGAGACUUCUUUUAAUGAUUUUACCACACCCAAGAUGUCUACCACUGUACAUGUAACCACUGCCACCACCAAGAUGGCCACUGCCACUUCUAACAUGGAAACUGCCACAUCCAAGAUGGCUUCUUCAGGAUUCAAAACCAUGACCUACAAUCCUAAUAUGCCGCUUGAAAUGGCAGAGGAUUUACCACCUUCUGCUGGUAUGAUUAUUCAACUUAUACAAAAUUUGAGAGUGGAUUUAAAGAAUGACUUUAGAAAAGAUUUUGACACCAUGUACGGAGUUUUAGAAAACAUUGUUCAACGUACAGAAGAUGUUGAAUACAGAAUGCAGGUGCAAGAACAAUCACAUUUAGAUCUGGUUAACACUGUGAAGGAACUUCAGAAACAGGUCAACCUGCAAGCGGAAAAAAUGGCAGAUUUCUGAAGACAGGAGCAGGCGUAACAAUUUGAGAAUCAGGAGGAUACCUGAUAAUGUGGACACCUCGGACUUGAUACAUUAUUUCCAAAAAAUGGUUAAAACAAUUUUACCCAAAGCUACUGAUUUAGAUCUAAUAGUGGAUCAUAGCCACAGACUCCCUAAAUCUGGCAAAGCACCUGCAACAGCUCCAAAAGACACCAUAGUGAGACUACGCUUUUUUCAUAUAAAACAGGAAAUCCUGAGCACUAUUCGCAAAUCAGGUCUCCCUGUGGAUUAUAAUUAUAUAUCAAAGUUUUCCAAGAUUUCUCAGCCUACACUAUGAGACGCCGCAGAGAAUUUCAACCCUUCACGACAGAGCUGAGACAAAGAGAGAUUUGUUACAGAUGGGGAUUCCCUGUAAAACUACUCUUUCAUAUGGAUGGCAGAAAUUUCACAAUCACUUCUCCUGAGGAAGGGAUGGAGCUUCUUAAUACCAUGAACAGACGUCAAACCCAACCUCACGUAACCUCACCGUCUACUCCAAGACACACCCACAAGAAAAGUAGGGCGGAUGACACUUGAAGCUACUUUCUUUUAAUUUUUUGAAGGCACAAAAGCUCCAACAUACAUAUUGCCGGUUUGGAUUUAUUACUUUCUCCACGUUGUUUUAUUACAUCCAUUUUAUUACUUACAAAUUGUUUUUUCUCUUUCCCUUUUUUUCCCCCCCCUCUCUCUCCAUUUUUUGGUUCCACAUUCUUUAUGCUCUUUAUUGUGCAUCAACACUUGGUUAAAUGUCUACAGGUCAAUGACUUUUUUUGAAUGUAUAUUACUGAUUUCUGAUAUAGGCCUGGGACAUACUGAGCAUAUAUCUGACUUCAUUAGAGAUGUGAUCACAGAACUAGAAGGGCUCCAUUCUUUAUUGAUCUUCUCUGCAUACCACUUUUCAUUUGUAAUUUUUCUUUAAAGCUCUGAUUGUUUCCCCUUGCCGCAGGCAGUUUUCUCUCCUUCCAACCGGGGCCUAAUACCCUGAGAAGGAGAAUUAUUUUUUAUUCUCCCUCAUGGCCCUUUUUCUAAACAUAUUUUUUUUUCUUUCCCCGUAUAGGGGAAUUUAUCCAAGUUUAUUAUUCCCCAUUUUUUAUUUUUAUUUUUUAUCCCAUCCAUUUACUAAUGUUUUAGCACGCUCACUCUUGUCUAAACAAAUGUAUUUGUUGUUACGAUUGUUGGAUUUCAUAACUCUUCUCUUGGGACGCGGGCCUUCGGGCUCCCACAUUUCUAUACAAUCUCUUUUUAAUGGCUGUGUACUCUGAUUUGAGUCAUGGUCAUUAAACUCAGUCAUUUAAUGUGAGGGACCUGAACACCGCUCACAAGAGGCGACUAUUGUUCAAAGAAGUCAAAUCCAACAAAUAAGAUAUUGUCUGUAUUCAAGAGACUCAUCUUAAGGAAGGAAAAGAGUACAAAUUUAUGACACGGUUAUUCCCUUCUCAAUUUCAUUGCACUUACAAAACUAAGUCUAGAGGUACUUCCAUUUUUUUUUGCAGUAGUGUGGCCAAUUCUACAGAAAAGAUAAUGACGGAUGAUGAUGGGAGGUACAUAGUGUGGCUUGGUAAGGUUAACAACGUUAUGUAUGCAUUUGUCAAUGUGUACUUUCCUAACACGGGUCAGCUUACUUUCUUUAGGGAAAUUAUGGAUUUGGUGAAUGAGAACAUGAAAGGGAUUUUGGUGAUGUGUGAGAUAUGAACUUCGUUAUGGAUGGCGACUUAGAUAAUGCAAGGGAUAAUUUGGAUUAACUCCAUAGGAGAGAUAGUGAUAGAUUAGCUGUGAAAUGCUCGAAAUAUAUGGUGGAAUGUGGACUGUAUGAUCCAUGAAGGUUAAUGCAUGAGAAUGAAAGAGACUUUACUUUUUACUCAGUAUCCAAGAACAUGUAUUCCAGGCUGGACAGGUUUCUGAUACAGGGUGCUCUCAUACCACACAUCUCAAGAUCUGAUAUUUUAGAUAUCAAUUGGUCUGACCAUGCUCCCAUAACUUUGCAUAUAGACGAAAUGGUUUCUUUCUCCCCCAAUAGGCACUGGAAACUGAGUGAUUACUUAUUAGAUGAUCCUGAAAAUAGAUCGCUAGCUGAAGGGAUACUGAAUGACUAUUUUUUGGAAAAUGUUUUGCAUGAGGUUCCUAGUGAGGUGACAUGGCAUGCGCACAAGGCUGUGUUGAGAGGCCAUUUCAUUUCUAGGGCGUCUCACUUGAAUAAGAAAAAUAAUGGUGUGACGGACUGCUGGCACUCCGCCAAUCGUACCUCCUAGUGCUCGCUGAGGACUCCAAGCACUCCAACCGACACCAUCAGCACUGCAGACCCCACUUCCAGCAAUGCAGCUGCGCCGGGGUCUCGCUGUCUCCACCCACCCUGGACCCAAGGCCAGGAUCCAGCUUCCAGUGGGUGAACCUCUCUUUCCCCAGAGAGCAGGAACAGGAACAAGCUCUUAGCAGAGCUUAGCGAUUAUACUCUGGGGAGUAUAGUGAUUAUAGCAAUCCCCAGAGUGUAGUUCUCCAAUUCCCCAAACAUGAGCCAAGGCUUCAAGAAAGGUACAAGAUGAUCUGAUUUUAAUGACCACACAAUGGCUUUUAUGCAAGUCCCCAUGCAAGGGGACAUCCCACAGGGUGGGACACAGUACAACCAAUCGUUUACAGGAAAACCGUAAAACACACCCAGCACCAACAUACAAUCCCUCCCCUCUGCUUGUGAUAUAAUUACUGAACACAAUGGGUUAAUGUAAUUUAUCACAGGCAGGAAAAAUACACUUUUUACACAUAUACUGUAACUUUAAAAAUAUGCAUCAUAUUCACAUAAAACACACAUAUUCAGAAUCAGCAUACUUUAAAUAUAAACAUAACCAAAAAUCAUGCAAAUCCUUCCAUUAGUUCAAAAGUUAGUCGGAAGUCCUUUGUGACCAAUGAAGCAUGGCUUUUCUGCCCAAAACCAGUUCCACAGAGUCUUCUAUCCUGGAGACAAUUGGGAAGUAAUACAAUUAUCUCCAAGGACAGAGGAAGAACUCAAUUGAACACAUGGUUGCAAAAAGACAUAAAAUUACACAAUGUUACAAUUACUACAUAAAACAUAUACAUGCAACAUAUCCCCAGAUAGCUUAGAUCUGAGCGCACAUUAUUAUGAAAUAGCGCUCAGAUCACAUACAUACAGUUCAAUCGCCAUGGAGCCAAAGUCUUUUCCAUAGUCUUUUGUUACACAAAUAGGCUCCAUGGCAUAGCUAUCUGGGAUAGCACUACUACCAUACUGAAAGUCCAGAACGCCCCGGCAGAAAUACACAAAUAAACCUUUCUGCAGGGAAAAAUACAGCUAUCAGCACAUGGGCCAUAGUCGGAAGGCAGGAGGCUAGCCAGUAGUCCCCUCCAGGCACAAGUGGCGAAGGGCACUUCGUCACAAACAGUAAUUAAGAAAUCUGGAAAAAGAACUGUACAACCUUAAUCAGGCAAAUAAAUUCGGCCCAUCUUCCUCCUUGUCAGCAAUGAUAGGGGAGAUUAAAUCAAAAAUUCACAAAAUAAAUUUGUAUUGAACUACUCUCAUGGUGAGACGCCUCAAGAAAGUGUUUUAUUUAAAGGGUAACAAGGCCUCAACUCUCCUGGCGUCCAAACUCCGGCAGGUGAAUGCCCAUUCUAAAAUUGCGUACUUAAUAGAUGACCAGGGACAAAAAACAUUCCACCGAAUAAGAUUAGUGACCAAUUCGCCAAAUAUUAUAGUGUACUUUAUAAUUUGAAAUCUGAUGUAAAUCUCAACCAGCCGUCUGAGGCGACUAUUAAAGGACCACUAUAGUGCCAGGAAAAACACACCCUCAGUUAAAGAAGUACUAACACUAACACUAGAAAACAAAUCAUACAAAUUAUCACAUAGAAAUAACACACAUAUAUUUGCACAGUUGAAAUACCACUGAGAUCAAUGGGAAACCGAUGUCAAAAAAACAUAUAACCUUUAAUAACUUGUUAUGGAAUGUUUUUCAACUUAAAUGCCUUGUACAUUAACAUACUUACCGUUAUAAUGGAUGGAUACCCCCUUUUUCCCACUUCCAAGUUUUCCCUUCCCUUCCCCUCCCCUAAUAUAUUGUUUUUUUAUUACAGGUAAAAUCUUCAAAAUCUUUCAAUAAAAAUUAUUUGAAAAGAAAUGUAAAAAAAUAGAGAAUAUACUUACUAGCAAAAUUACACAUGAGAGAGGAUAUUAGAUUCAUUCGGCACUCUGUAGGGAUAUACAAAUGUUUAUUGAUACUAGACAUGUGCAUUAGUUUUCGUACGAAUAUGAUUUUGUCCCAUAAUUCGUGUUUUUUUCGUAUUCGCUUCCAAAAAUGUAAACGGAAGCCCUACAAACUAAAUAUAAACGAAACAAAAGGGCAAAUGCCAAAUGCAUUACCUUUACGUUUAGUUUUGUUUGUUUAAUUGACUCCGUACUGCAGGGUAAUUAACCCCCACAGCACUGAGAAAUAACAGUGCGCAUGCGCGAUAAAGCUAAACAAGGAUGGAGCUGGCAGUGCUACCAGCUCCCUCCUUGUAAUAAAUAAGCCCCCUCCCCCCCACCCCUGCAUUAAAACCUAUGGGGAUCACUAUGACCUUCAUAUUGAAAAAAGGGAGGUUAAAUCCUCCUGCCUGCCCCUUCUUGUGGUAUGCCGCGAGUAGGGGCAUGUCGCCAGUGGCUGCUCGCUGUCAUUUAAAACUACUAGUGACUAGGCAGCCCAAUCGCGUAAAAUAAGGGGGGACCUGUUUCCCCGAAACACACUUCAGGGAAGUGACCAAUCAAUUCAUUGCAUAGCCUCUGAUUUUAAAGUCAGUCUCUUGGGCAAAUAUAUUUGUAGACAGGUGCUGUCAUGCAUAAUGUUACUGGAGGCACAAGGCAGGCAUUCUCGCACAAAGCAUGUAUACCACUUCUGCUAGCUCUGUGUAGUUAUUGGAAUGAUGAAGAAAUCUCCCCAGUUGUCUGACUGACAGCCAGGGAGGUGCUUCUGCAAUUACUUAUAAAACAAUUUCAUAUAGAAUCCUGCACUUUUAUUAACUGGUUAGGAUGAGUUAGGAUGGGAUGCUCCUGACACAUGAAGCACUUCAGCAGAGUGUCCCUUUAAUGGAGAUAUAUUGUUUUUAUUUUAAUUUAGCUGCAUUUAUUCAGUAAAUUUGUAUAAAACACGGGGUGUCUUUUUAAGGAUGGGAUUUUCACAGAUUUGCAAACAACAUUUGUAUUAGUUUUAGGCUUAUUUAACCAUGUUCAAUACAUAUUUUGUAUGUAGAUAGCACUAAUGCCUAAACUAAGCUGUCUUGGUUUUGAAAUUUAUUUUGUUUGUCCUUGUUAGGGAGGUGUCACCCUGCAUGGUCUGAAAUAUAAUAUCGCAGUUGGCAUUCAGUUCAUUGAAGCGUGGCUGAAAGGUAAGGGGUGGUCUUUCAUUAGCAACAUAAUCUUUCUAUGAAAUAUAAUAAGAAUAAGUAUUUUUUUUUUUUUUUCUGGUAAUAGAUUGACAGGGUUAUCUACUAAAGUAAGAAUUAAAUGUUCAUUUCAAUUGAAGCUCAAAUAUCUGAACUGAAAGAAUUCUCUUACAUGAUCUAUGCUGUCAGUUUGGCUACUCUGGUUCACUUUGAGUUUUUACUUUGGUAAAUAUCUCUGGCAAUCUUCUAAGUAGAAUAGCUUAAAAAAUCACAGCCAAAUGCCAAUAUAUGAUGAUAUGAUGAUAUUUUGAUGAUGAAAUAAACAGGAAAAUGCACUGAAUUGUUUAAGUAUCUUGUUCAUUUUAAAACUGUUCAUGUUGUAUUUUAACUCAAUAAAAAACAAAUGCACAAAUAAUGCACAUGGUAUAUAUAUAUUGAUAGGGUUUCUACUUCUUAGCUUGACUUAGGUAAGCUUUUUUGAAAUAGGUGGUGAUGAGUUUUCCUGUCAUUUUAGUCCUUUUUUAAAAAAUUUUUUUAAACUGAACCUAUUUAUGUAUUUGGCACCAUAUGCUCUUACCUGAGUACAGUGUAUUUUAGACAGGGUGUACCUAGAGCAUUUGGCUGUGUUGUACGCUCCCCUCUUGCUGGUCACCGGGAGAUCGCAACCCCUGGGCACCCCUCCUUUAGUGGCAAUAGGGGCGGGCAGCCCCCCACCUAUCCCCUGCUUAGUACACUGCUAAUUGUAGAAUUAGUGAUAGAAUCUUUAGCAUCUAACAGAAAAUCGAGCAAAAAGGAGAAAUAGCUAAGUUUUUCUUACCUGCUAAAUAAAGAUCUGUACAUAGCUAUCCACAUUUUUACCAAGUGGUUGCAUCUUAGUUAAUGUAGUUUACUUUUGCAAAUGUAGUAUAAUUUUGCAAUUAUAUUUAGCAAUACAUCCACAAAUUUAAUAAUGUAGCUAUCACUUUUUACAUUCAUUUCAUGUGCAUCAAACUUAAAGGAUCACUAUAGGUUCAGAAAAACAAAAAUGUAUUCCUGACCCUAUAGUAUGAACACCAUAAUCUAGCCCCCUGGGCCCCGCAUGCCUCCAUAAACAUAGUAAAAAUCUUACUGUAUUGAAGCCUGAAGCUGUAAAUCUUGUGGGGAUAUUUAUGGGAUAAUUAGUUGAGAAUUGCCCACUAAUUCAAUUCUCAGAUCCCAAAGAACGUUUAUCGUGUUAAGUGAGAAGUAUUUCAUAUAAAUAAUAUCACAAUUUUGUUAUUAAAAAUAGAUUUUAUUUUAUAAUGACAAUUUAAUUAAUAAUAAUAUGUAACAUGCGUGACAAUAAUCAAUGAAUAUCCAGUAUAAAAUGGUAUGCAAUACAAAGGAAUGGCUAUACACAUUUCAAUGGCUAAACAGCAUUUUCUGUCAAGCCUUCUGAUUUAUGAGGUAUCUUUAACACAGACUGAAAGUGAAACUUUUCACAGCGAAGGGCCAUAAAAUAGUAAACAGUUGAGAAUUGCCCACUAAUUCAAUUCUCAGAUCCCAAAGAACGUUUAUCGUGUUAAGUGAGAAGUAUUUCAUAUAAAUAAUAUCACAAUUUUGUUAUUAAAAAUAGAUUUUAUUUUAUAAUGACAAUUUAAUUAAUAAUAAUAUGUAACAUGCGUGACAAUAAUCAAUGAAUAUCCAGUAUAAAAUGGUAUGCAAUACAAAGGAAUGGCUAUACACAUUUCAAUGGCUAAACAGCAUUUUCUGUCAAGCCUUCUGAUUUAUGAGGUAUCUUUAACACAGACUGAAAGUGAAACUUUUCACAGCAAAGGGCCAUAAAACCCUGGCUAACAAUUAGAAUAACCCUUUCAAUGCUGGCUAGAUCUCCUAGGUAAUUAAGAUCUAUUCUUAUGUAAUUUUAAAUAAAAUAACAUUUAAACCAGUUCAUUAGUCAUUUCCUGGAACCAUCCAAUAAGAGAAUCUACCAUAUUAUAUAAGCAGAUUUUAAUUUGUCUAAAAGAUAUCUAUCUUAUAUUAGAGCAAAUCAAUACACCUGGAUAAAAACAACGGUAUGCUACCACGUGAUAAUAUCACAUCAAUAUAUAAUUAUUCUUAAUUCCACCUGCAGAAUGGAAUGUUUAUAACUAUAUAUUCUUUAGUUAACUAAGAUUUCUUAAUAUGGAAAUCUGACCGUGCUUUAUCCAGUCAUAUAUAAUGCUAUUAAUACAUUUUAAUUAAUUAAAUGAAACCAGUUUAAUUACCAGUUGAGUAGAUAUUUCAUCCGAUUGGUAGAUAGUCUCAGGAGCUUAUUUGGAUGUCUGUAGGUGCAUGAGUUAUGGUGAAAGGUGGUGUUGGUUAGAAAGUCAGUAAAAUUCUAAGUGUUAGAGUUUUAAGAGUAGAGUGUUAGUCUCAGAUGUUGUCCUGGGUUUCUCUGCAUGUCCGAGUUGGAGUCCCCAAACUUCCAAUUCCUCCUCUCUCUUUUUCCUUCUCCUUUGCAUUUCUCUAUCUUCCCUUUGUCUUAACUUUUAAAGGGCCAGACUCUCUGUACGUCAUCAGUUGAUAACCCAAUAGAAGCACUAGAGGUGUGGUUAUCUUCCAGAUCGCAAUUUAGUUAUUUGGUCUAUAGAGGGCAGUCUUGUCCCACUAAACAUACCUAUCCAGGAAAGAGUUAACUUUUCCUGGUGGCUAUUUUGACGUCAUUUUGCGUUAUCUUUAUAGUGCCAUAACUUAAAAUUUCAAAGGGUUUUCUCUUAGUUUUGUUCAGACUUAGUGUCUGCAAUUCCUGCUAUAAUUUCUAAAAUGGCAGAUCAUGAACUAAGUUUAACCUUUUCCGUACAAUGGUACCUUAUAUAUAUAUAGACAGUAAAAUUAAAUUAUUUAAUCUUCUCUGUCAUAAAUGUCUGGGUUUAGAAUUGAUUAUAUUCCAUUAGCAUUUUAGACAGUCUAUCCAACCCCCUUCUCCUUAUCACUUGUUUAUAUUAUGCAUUCCUUUAGCUCUGGCAAAGUGGUUAGUUUUACAGAAUGAAAUCUUGUGUCUUUUUGUUAACUUGAAAAUAACAAAAUGGAGUCUGGUCUGUUCAGAGUGACUCAGAAUAUACACUUUUAGUUUCUAUCAUAGCACAAAAUGUCUGCCGAUAUAAAUACCCUGACAAUCUGCAUGCUGUUAGACUCAGAAAAACAAGCAGUCUGCUGACAUGUGGUAGCCUGAUCCAAUCACAGUGCUUCCCCAUAGGAUUGGCUGAGACUGACAAAGAGGCAGAUCAGGGGCAGAGCCAGCAUGAUUCAAACACAGCCCUGGCCAAUUAGCAUCUCCUCAUAGAGAUGAAUAGAAUCAAUGAAUCUCUAUGAGGAAAGUUCAGAUACUGAAUCACAGGAUGCUGUGCACAGUGCUCUGCUGACAGCAGAUCUGAGUGGAUGGAGGCAUAUUAUGCCUCCAUCAACUCCGAAGUCCCUCUGGUUCACUCUGAGUGAUUGCAACUGGAGGUGUUCCUAGCUUUCAAUGUAAACACUGUAUUUUCUCAGAAAAUACAGUGUUUACAUGAGAAAGGCUGCAGGGAGCUAUAGUUCUCACCUGAACAACCUCAUUAAGCGGAAGUUGUUCAGGUGACUAUAGUCACCCAGAACACUUCACCCCAAUGGGUGCAGUGGUCCUGUCAUUUUGACACUUCAAUGUAAAACAUUACCGUUUUGUAGACACUGCAGUGUUUACAUGGAAGGGUUAACUCCACCUGUACUGGAUGUCUUUCUGACUGCCACAAGAGUCUCUUCCUAGUCCAGACAGCAGAAAUUUGAUUGCAGAAAAGCUGUUUGCCUGUGAUGCCUAGUUCAAUUAAUUGCUUCUCACUGAGAAGAAAUGGAUUGAGGAGAUUGUGGGUGAUGUCAUCAUGGAGACUGACAUCUCUGGAGACGGAGCGGGCAGCUGCAGCAGAGGAGUCCCGGUGCUGGAAACAAAGGUAACUGGAAACAAGUAGUCUUUAUUAAACUAUAUUUUUUUAAUGCAGAGGGGUCAGAAGGGUAUUUAUAGUCUCAAAAUAACAAUUGUUAAGGACUAUAUUGUUUUAUAUUGUUUUUGCGACAAUAUGUUCCCUUUAAAUGGUGCAGUCUAAGCAGCAUAACCCUUACAGUGUGCCAUAGUGACUUUGGUCCCAUGUUAAGCAGUCAAACCAUUUUUUAAUGAUUUGACAUGCACUUUGUUCCCUAGCCAUCUAUCUGGACUUUCUUCAGUUACAACUAAACUGAAAGUUCCCCUAUCCUCUUCCACUCUAGAUGUAUCAGUUUCAUCCUAAUCUUCAUGGAAUGUAUUGGCUGAGAGUGUCAGCUGAUUCAUACAUAUAUAUAUAUUUAUUAGGGAUAGACUGAUUAUCAGUUUGACCGAUAUCGUCUGAUAUUCUGGAUUUUGGAAAUAUCAGUAUCUGCCACUAUUGGUACCGAUAUUAACGAUAAUGUGAGAGGCGUCAAUGGCCCAGCGCAUGCAGGGCUGGCGCAUCCAUAAGGCGGAACACACGGCCACAUUAGUGCGCAAGAAUCGAGUGAGAAAGCCCACAGCACUUCCCCUACCAGUCAAUUUGUGUAGCAUGGCCGAGCGGAGUGGACCGUGGUUUCUUUUUUCAAAAUGGUAAAUGUACAGAAUUUCAGUAAGUUAUCGGCUAUCAGCCCGAAAGUUCACAGAUUAUCGGUAUCGGCUCUAAAAAAAUUAAUAUCGUUCGAUCCCUACUAUUUAUCUAUAAAAUGUACAUAGCUUUCUUGGAAUUAUGGCAAUUUGUCAUGUAGUUUGUUGUGUGUGUGUAGAUAAGUUCCUACAUAUGGAACAUCAAACAUACUCUGUUCUUAUGUUUAGGAGAAGGACACUUCUUUUAUUGCGGGAAAGUGGAGGAUUCAGCAACUGCAGAAAUAUCUAGAUCUCAGGUAGAGUAUGACAAAUCAAUAACUGGUAACACUUACCCAAAGGUUCUUCAUGUGAUGAGCCCUCAACUCGAGUCCACACUUAGUGUGAGUAAAGGAUUUCCAUCCUUAUAAUGAUACAUAGAUACUAUUUUCUCAUUAAAUAGGACAGUCUGGUAUGCAUUUAACCCCUUAAGAACACAUGACAUGUGUGACAUGUCAUGAUUCCCUUUUAUUCCAGAAGUUUGGUCCUUACGGGGUUAAAAUGGUGCAUUUGAAAUGUUGUACAAAUUGCUUUUAAUUUGUUCAGUAACCAUUUGUUUGGAAGUAUAACCUGAUAUCUAACCUGAUCUAUACUUCUGUUGCUUUCUGUAGAGAAAGAAAUUAAAUUAACUUAAUAUGAUCUGUCUUUCAUUAAAUGUUGAUUACUACUGACAUUGUUGUUCACAAUGAAUUCCUGAAUGUUAUCCAUUAUAAACGCUGUGAACAAUUCCACGUUAAAGGACCACUCUAGGCACCCAGACCACUUUAGCUUAAUGAAGUGGUCUAGGUGCCAGGUCCCUCUAGGAUUAACCCUUUUUUUUUAUUUUUAUUUUUUUAUAUAAACAUAGCAGUUUCAGGGAAACUGCUAUGUUUAUAAAUAGGUUAAUCCAGCCUCUAAAGCCUCUAGUGGCUGUCUCAUUGACAGCCGCUAGAGGCGUUUGCGUGCUUCUCACUGUGAAAAUCACAGUGAGAAGACGCAAGCGUCCAUAGGAAAGCAUUAUAAAUGCUUUCCCAUGAGACUGCCUGAAUGCGCACGCCGCUCCUGCCGCGCAUGCGCAUUCAGCCGAAGAGGAGGAGAGGAGGAGGAGAGCUCAGGGCACUAUAGUGGUCCUUUAAGUACUGUAUACAAGUCUGUAAAUUCAUAUCUGAUGUUUUCUGAGAUUCUGUCCGUUUGUGACCGAGCUCUUUUUUGGCUCAUUUGGUACGUGAAGGUUUCACUAUAAUUUAAGUGCACCCAUACAUAUUCUAUACACUAAUCAGUCACAACAUUAAAACCACUGACAGGUGAAGUGCAUAACAUUGAUUGUAUUGUUACAAUGGCACUUGUCAAAGGCUUAUUAAGCAGCAAGUGAACAGUCAGGUCUUAAAUUUCAUGUGUUGGAAGCAGAAAAGAUGGGCAAGCACAAAGACCUGAGUCACUUUGACAAGGACCAAAUAGUCAUGGCUAGAUGACUGGGUCAGAGCUUCUCAAAAGUCUUGUGGGGUGUUCCUGGUAUGCAGUGGUUAGUACCUACCAAAAGUGGUACAUAGAAGGACACCCGGUCAUGGGUGCCCAUGUUAGAUGUUAGUAGUGAAUGUGCAGGAGUGGACGGUUAUUAAUGUGUGCAUGUGGAAAUAUAUGCAUGCAUAUCCAGACACAGCAUAUUAAGUGCAUAUGUAUAUUUAUUUUAGAAGUACGCAUUUGCCAAUGUUUUUACACACAUUUCUACACAUCUGAUGAAUUCACCAUGGACUCUAUAGUAAAUACCGAAUAGCAGAGUAUUCAGGAAGGUAUAUAUGGGGGAAUAUGUGGAUCAGAGGGGUGAAUAUGGAGAAGAGGAUAAGACGUAAUGAGAGGAGGCAGAAGAGAAAAGGGGAAAUAAAAUGUAUCUUGUCUUUAUGACAACCAAAAUCUGCUGGGAAAGCAAAGAAUGGAAUGGCACGAGCAACAGACUGAUACAAAGAGAGUACCUAGCAAUGAAAAAGGGGGUGCUGCAAGGUAUGAUGUGAUAAAAUUAAGACAAUGUUGGCGUGGAUGGAGAGGUAUAGGAGGGCUCGGUUACAGAUGGCAUCAUGCUCGGAUAAUAAGGGAGUGCAGGUACUGAAAUUAGGUGCUUUAAGGGGAGAGUGAGAAGCAUUCAAUUCUGUUUUUAACUACAGUCCAAAGUGAGCAAGACAGAAAAAACUCCUGUGUCUCUGCUUGACAGCUGGGAGGUGUUACAGGAGUACUUUAUAAUGGUAGUUUGCCCUCAUACCUGGUCGUCCUUCCAGGCAACUGGUCUCCUGUGAAGCAGGAUUUGUGACAGUCAGCUUCUGCAGAGCUGUACAAGACGGAUGUCAAUCCUGCCGCUCUUCCACUGACUAAGCGCCAGCUAAGCCAUCCCAGCUAAUGAGUUUAUGACUGCGUAAUGUCUGAGUAAAUUUGCACAGAACUGAUAUUAGCUAGCCACCUGAAGACUCCCCAAUGGCGCAAAGACAAAUGGCACAUAGGUCGUAUAACCCUGAACCUUGAGAUAUUCUAAUGGUUAGUUUUCUUAUUAAACUACUAAUUGUACCAUGAUGCUUACAGAUCUGCAAGAAGUUUUUAACAGUAUUUACAUUUUUAACAUAGGUCUGGCAGUGGGUGAGGCAUCGGGUCAAGUUAGAAGAUGACAGCAGAACAGUCACAAGGAGCCUGGUCCACGAAUUAGUUAAAGAGGUUGUACUGCAGCUCACUAACAUGACACAUGCUUCUGAGAGGUUAGUAGUCUGUCACAAAUCUCUAACAAACAGGGUGAUCCAUUAAACUGGAAAUUGGUGUGAACCGACCAGGGAAUGUCACAUUUUAAUCCAAAAAUGUAAAAAUAGAUGAGUUGGCGAAUUCUACCAAUUGCAGAUAUUUUGUUCUAAAAUUAAAAAUUUGAGUGAAGAACAUCUACAUGAAUUUGAACUAUUCUUGGAAUUGUCCUGGAAAUUAAGUCUAUAUGGAAAAUCUGCAUUUAAAACAUUUUCAUACUGUAAAUUCUGUACCUUGAGUGCUAUUCAGAAAAAAAUUAGAACAUUAUAUAGGUGUGACAAAAUAUAGUCAGUUGCACAUAAAUAUUUAUAAGGAAUCUGCUGUCUUAGUAAGGAAUCCAGAUUUCCAAAAUACCUGCAGAAAUUGUCCAUGUAAUGGAAUUAUUUGAUUGCUGAGCUAAAACACGACAUCUGCUUUAAAAAGCCAUGUGUCCUCAUAUGUCCAGAGCCUUCCCUACAUUGUCACCAUUUCCUAUGGACAUACAUUCUAUGCACUGUUCUUGUGAACCUUGCAUUAUAGGUGGACAUGUGAUAUAGCAGUGGGCUAAUUCUCCCACUCAUGUAGCUGGCAAUACCCUCGACCUUAUUCUAUCGUCCCCCUGGUUCCCCUCUCCUCUUCCUUGACCACUUUGCUGCCUGGCUACCCUACUUCCUCUCUUCCAACAUCCCAUCCCUAAUUCUUGGAGACUUCAAUAUUCCCGUUAACCCACCUUUGACCCCAGCAGCCUCUAAACUACUUUCAAUCACUUCCUCCCUUGGACUUUUGCAGUGGGCUAAUUCUCCCACUCAUGUAGCUGGCAAUACCCUCGACCUUAUUUUCUCUUCUUCAUGUACAAUAUCUAAUAUCUGCAACACCCCAUUUCCUCUCUCUGAUCACCACCUCUUAUCAUUUGCUCUCAAUUACCCCCUCACCCAACAAUCUCAGCCUAACCCCCCUCAGCUCAGGAGGAACCUUAACUCUAUUGACCUCAAGCAGCUGUCAGCUGACAUUGAUUCACAACUGCUAUCCAUCCCUUCCCUCUCCUGUCCCUCACUGGCCAUCUCCACAUAUAACACUACCCUCACAUCUGCCUUGAACGCUGCAGCCCCACUCAAAACAUGCACCUCGAGGAGAACACGACCCCAACCUUGGCAUAAUAAAUCAACACGCUAUCUGCAGAGUUGCUCCCGUUGUGCUGAACGCUCCUGGAGGAAGUCCCGCACCCAGGCAGACUUUCUCCAUUAUAGAUUCAUGUUGCUUUCAUACAGCGCAGCCCUCGCCCUCGCCAAACAGUCAUACUUUUCCUCUCUCAUUAGUUCAUGCUCCCACAAUCCCAGACGCCUCUUUGACACCUUUAAUUCCCUUCUCCGCCCUGCUGUGGCCACCCCCCAAACUAACCUUACAGCUGAUAGCUUUGCAUGCUACUUUACCGACAAGAUUGAACAGCUAAGGAAACAAUUCUCCCCUCCAUGCCGUUCUCUUUCUCAACCACAUGUAAAUCUUGCUUUCCCUACCCUCCAGACUUUCUACCCAGCUACUGAACAAGAGGUGGCUGCGCUUCUCCAUUCCUCUCGCCCCACCACUUGCCCGCUCGAUCCUGUCCCAUCUCACCUCAUCAGAUCUCUCUCCCCUUGUCUUGUGCCUACCCUAACACACAUCUUUAACUGCUCUCUCUCUUCUGGCACUGUUCCUGCUGACCUUAAACAUGCCACUGUAAUACCUAUCCUGAAAAAACCAUCUCUUGACCCAUCCUCCCCUUCUAACUAUCGUCCCAUAUCCCUGCUCCCUUUCUCAUCAAAGCUUUUGGAAAGGCUUGUCUUUACCCGUGUGUCCCGCUUCCUUAAUUCCAACUCUCUCCUUGACCCUCUUCAGUCUGGCUUCCUCCCUCUCCACUCUACUGAGACUGCUCUUAUCAAAGUGACUAAUGACCUAAUCUCCGCUAAAUCCAAAGGUCAUUACUCCAUAUUAAUUCUCCUUGACCUCUCUGCUGCCUUUGACACCGUUGAUCAUGCUCUCCUCCUUCAAACUCUUCAAUCGCUCGGUCUCUGUGACUCGGUCCUCUCUUGGUUUUCCUCCUAUCUCUCCCAACGCUCAUUCAGUGUCUCCUUUUCCAAGGAUACCUCCUCCACUCGUCCUGUCUCGGUUGGAGUUCCCCAAGGGUCUGUCCUUGGUCCCCUUCUAUUUUCUCUUUAUACCGCCUCUCUUGGUAAACUGAUUGCCUCUUUUGGAUUCCACUACCACCUGUACGCUGAUGACACUCAGAUAUACCUCUCCUCCCCGGACCUCUCCCCUGCCGUCCUGCAACGUGUCACUGCUUGCCUUUCUUCCAUCUCUGACUGGAUGUCCUCACGCUUUCUGAAACUUAACCUCUCUAAAACUGAACUCCUUGUCUUUCCUCCUCCUAAUACUGAUCCUCUUCUCUCGCUCUCCCUUCAAGUCAGUGAUAUCCACAUAAGUCCAUCCCUGCAAGCGCGCUGUCUUGGCGUCAUACUUGACUCUGGUCUCACCUUCGAGUCUCACAUCCAGUUUGUUGCCAAGUCCUGUAGGUUCCAACUCAAAAACAUAGCCCGCAUUUGCCCCUUUCUUACGCAAGAUGCUACCAAGGAGCUUGUCCAUGCUCUAGUAAUUUCCCACAUGGAUUACUGUAACCCUCUCCUGAUUGGUCUUCCCAAAAGCCGUAUUGCCUCGCUACAGUCUGUAAUGAAUGCUGCAGCUAGACUGAUUUUCCUCUCUAGUCGGUCCUCUCACACCUCACCCCUCUGCCGGUCCUUACAUUGGCUCCCUGUAUGCUAUAGGAGUCAAUUCAAAGUGCUAACCCAUACAUUUAAAGCACUGAACAGUUCUAGCCCCGCUUAUAUCUCUUCACUGAUCCAUAAAUAUGCCUCUCCACGUAACCUCCGCUCUGCCCGUGACCACCUCCUGACCGCUGCUCGCACCCGUACGGCCAACUCGCGCUUGCAGGACCUCUCGCAGGCGGCUCCUCUCCUAUGGAAUAGCUUGCCUACUGCCAUCAGACUCUCCCCUAGUCUUCAAUCAUUUAAGAAGGGCCUUAAAACUCAUCUCUUCAGGAAAGCUUAUGGCCUCCCAGAGUAAUCUCUACCUUACAUACCUGUCUCCUGCUCUCUCCUAUGGGACAGUGCUUUGCUCUCUCCUCCAGCUCUGCUUCACUCCUACUUGAUAUUUAUUGUCCUAAUGUUUCAAACACCCCACCUCCAAUAGUCUGUAAGCUCGUUUGAGCAGGGUCCUCUUCAACCUAUUGUUCCUGUAAGUUUUCUUGUAAUUGUCCUAUUUAUUGUUACACCCCCCCUCUCAAAAUAUUGUAAAGCGCUACGGAAUCCGUUGGCGCUAUAUAAAUGGCAAUAAUAAUAAUAAUAAUAUAGAGCCACUUUCCUUUGGCGGAUAGUUCUGCAUGGAGUGUCUAUAGACAAAGAUGCUAAUGUAUCUGAUAUGCAAGUUCUCUGUGAUUGUAAAACCCUUUCUAUAGCCAUAUCUAUGUUGUGACAAUCUAACCAUAAUAUAAUUGCCUAGUCCUAAAUUUCAAGUUCAGUGGUGUGACAAACUUUACAAAUAAUGUUAUAUCUGCAUGAAUGUGGGACCCCCAUGUCAGAGUACUCGGCAAUUUGGCUCGAGUGCUUGUCUACAUUUCCGACACAUUGAUUUAUUUCUUCUUGGCUGCUAAACAAAUUAGUCUUUACUUUAUCUUAUGUAUAACUAAAAAAAAAAACACUAGGAUGAGUUAAAAAAUAACUAACUAAAUAAAAGCAAGAGGAAAUAGAAACAAAAAGUAACAGAUCUGCUUUAACUCCUAUCCUAGAACUAAUUGGCUGAAUUUCUGCUCCCUGUCAAUCACUGAUAUACGCUCUACCAUUUGCACCUUUAUGUCAGCAUAAAGACCUCGUCAGAGAUAAGCAUUGUCAGUAGGGAGCGACUCGUUGUAAGCGGAGAAGAAGAUACAAAACUGACAAUUAUCUUGCGGCUCAGUUUAUCUUAGACUUUCACACAUCAGUAUUACAUAAACAUAUAUGUUUGAAAAUAUUGUUGCACGGUUUUUCCACAUGCAACAUGCUAAUUAUAUCUCCUCAUUGGUUGUUGUUAUGCUUGAAAUUCAUUAUUCUAUUGUUAUUUUAUGCCUAAAUCUAUUUCUUCCCUUGUGCAUGUGAUGUAUUGGUGUGGGGACAUGCACUGGUUCCACCACUACCCACUUUCAUACCUCACAAGUGUCCCUAUUUAGGAAGGACAGUCCCUACGGUCUAGGAACUCUGUAUUCUUGGUGUGCCUGAAUUUAUAUCAGAGUCACAGCAGUAAUACUCCCUGUAAUGUGUCUUUUAGAAAUCAGUCUGUGUAAAUAAGAUGUGUUUUGGUUCUAGUUCUGUAGAUUGUUAUUAGAAAGUCAACGAAACAGCUCACCUCUGGCCAUGCACUUCCCUACAAUGAAAGAGUCCUUUUCUGUCCAUUUGAAAUGUUGGGAGGGGUGCACUUUAGGGUGUCCUUCACACCAAAAUAUGGUAAUACACUAAAUGAAUUGGGGGAAAAAAAAAACCUUUGUCCAUAAGGUAUUUAUAUUUACAAUGUAAUGAUUUUAUGAAAAAUGUGAAUGACACUACAGUUUUUAUGUAACUAGUUUAAUUUUUUUUUUAAUCGUGACAUGAAAAUGCUAUGUGUAACAACUUCCGUUUUCCUCUUUCUAGGGAGAAACAAAGACUUCAGUCAGCAGCUGAUUUAUUUCUGGAAAUUAUUCAAAAAAGGGACUUUCCAGAAUUCAUUACAACUUAUUUGAAUUUGGAACACACUUUCCUCAGUAGCAAAAUCUAA